AUGCGCGUUUCGCUGACUUCGGUCGGGCUCUCGCUCCUCGCCCUAAUGCUUGUUCUUUCGGUGUUCACCCCCCAGGUGGAGGCCGGCAAGAAGAAGAAAAAGGGCUCGUCGUCGGCGUCGCAGCCAGGCUCGUGCACCACAUGCCCUGCGCUCCCUGGCUCGACGUCGAAUGACUACCCUACUGUGCCGACGGCCGAGUACGUCGAGCACCUCAAAUCGCUCUUCCCUGAGCGGUCGUCUCCGGACCCUGCGCUCAUUGCGCCGGGCACAGACCCCAACCUCUACCUUACCUCGGCUGGUACGGUCUCGAUCACGUUCCUCCACGAGGGCGCUGGGUACCACAACCAGCUGGGGUACUACCUGUUCGACUCUGCGACGCCGGCCAACAUUGUGCCGGGCUCAGAGCGGCUUGUCUGGGCCGACGCCUCGAUGCACAAGUGCAUCCAGGUAGGGACCAAGACGGUGCUGAACAACGGCAACCCGUUUCCGGCGGGCACGCGCCUCGGCUUUUUCCUCGUCGCCGACGGCCACUGCACCACCGGCGGCAAGGCCACUUUCUACACCCACGACCACCUCAACCCGGACGGCAAACGCCACAUCGGCAUUGUGACCAACCGGGCCGGGACGUUCUCGUCGUCGACCACCUACACCGUCGGCUUUGAGGAUCUGGUCAACCUUGGUGAUCGCGACUACAACGACCUCAUGUUCUACAUCACCACGACGGCUACCGUCGACGAGUCGAACCUGCCGGUCGAGUGCUCGCCGGACUGUGUGCACGGGACGUGCAACUACGAGACCGGCGUGUGCGAGUGUGAGCCCGGUUUCUCGGGCACAACGUGCGAGGUCAAGGGCUGCGUUGACGAGCCAUGCGCCGCCGGCGCCGCCUGCUCGGCGGUGACUGGCCGCUGCGAGUGCGUCAACGGCAAGUACGGCCCCGCGUGCGACCAGACCGACAAGUUCUUCUCGUGCUCGUACUCGGACGACCCCAACUCAUCUGGGUCGUACAAGUACCCUGUUUGUCACGCCACCAACUCGCUCACUAAUCCCUACAAUCUGCUCCGGCUGCCCAAGUCGGGCUACCUCAACCACCUUACCAACAAGGCCCACAAUGGCAAGCGCUUCCCGGACAUCCAGCCGUUCCAGCUCGGCCGGGACUGCUUUGUCUACGACUGCGAGUGCAACCGCAUCGCAAAGAGUCAGCUGAAGCUCGGCUCGCUCGCUUACCACACCUGGAACAAUGUGCCCGGCAACAACGUGGCGGACCUCACUGCGCUCGCCACCUUCCCGGCCUCGCCCGACGCCGCUUCGUCUCUUUCUUCCUUUGACAUCCCGCGCUCGGGCUCGUCGUUUGGCGGCAAGCUUGCCGGCUACCUCGUUCCCAAGCGCUCCGGCACCUACACCUUUUACAUCUCGACCGACGACGCCGGUGAGCUCUACCUCUCGCCGUCGCCGCUCGCCCAGGACGCGGUCCUCAUCGCAUCCAACCCAGGCUGGACCUCGGCCAACCAGUGGAACCGCUACGCUUCGCAAAAGUCGGCUGCGGUCUCUCUGGUUGCCGGCAAGGCAUACUACAUCGAGUCGCGCUUCAAGCAGGGCUACGGCGGUGUCUCGCACCGGGUCGCCUGGACUGGGCCCGGCUUUAGGUCCAUCACCGUCAUUUCUGGGGCGUACCUUGCCCCGCUUGUGGUCGGCGAGGAGAACUACCCCAUGGCCCCGUGCUCCGGCCACGGCUCGUGCACCGAGGCUUCGGACGACGGCCACGCCAUGUGCGCUUGCGAGCCGGGCUUCAACGGCGAGGCCUGUACCGAGAUCGGCCCUAUCGACUCGUGCCCGGCCUGCCUCAACGGCGGCGAGUGCAAGAACAACGCGUGCGAGUGCCCGCCGGGCUUCUCGGGCGACAGUUGCGAGUGCGACACGGCGUGCACCGGCAACUCGGGCUGCUCUGGCCACGGCGAGUGCAACUGCGACGGCUCGUGCACCUGUGAGCCCGGCUGGUCCGGCGCCGACUGCGCUUGCGCAACCUCGACCGACGCUUGCUCCACUUCGCCCCGCGGUGCCAUCACCUUUGAACGCUGGAACAACGUCGGCUCAUCCCGCUCGGUCUACGCCCUCCUCCGCAACUCGCGGUACCCGGACUCGCCCGACUUUACGGGCACGCUCUCGCUCUUUGAAGUCCCGCACAACGUUGGUAACUACUAUGGCGCCCGCUACGUCUUCCGCAUCGCCGGUAACGACGGUCAUGCGCUGUACCUCUCCUCAGAUGCCAGCGAUGUCAACCUUGCCCUUCUCGCUGGCAACUGGCGCUACACGCCGCGCCGCAACUACGAGGCAAGGUCGUCGUCGACCUCGCGAUCGGUCAACCUUGUUGCCGGCCGUACGUACAGGAUCAUGGCGCUGCUCAAGGAGAGCACCGGCUCGGACCACCUCUCGGUCCAGUGGACCCACCCGCUGCUCGACGGUGAGUAUGAGAUCAUUCCUGGCGCGUACCUCUCGCCCGACUCGAACGACGCCGCGCCCGGCGCCGCCAUCUGCUCCGGUCGUGGCUCGUGCUCGUGCGGGAUUUGCGCGUGUACCGGCGGCUACACCGGCGAACACUGCGAGUGCGCCCCGUGCGCGCCUGGGUCGUUCAACCCGUCGACACAGGUGUGUGACUGCGGCGAGAUCAAGUGCAAGCCCGGGUUUACCGGGCCCGACUGCGGCUGCGCCUCCUGCGAAGAUGUGACGUGCCAGUACGACAACCAGUUCUGCCAGUGCGGGACGUGCGCGUGCCUGCCCGGCUACUCGGGCCCGGACUGCUCGUGCGCCUCGUGCGACGACGUCGAGUUUGAUCCGGCAACCGCGACCUGCUCGUGCGGCGAGGUCAGUUGCAUCAACGGCUACUACGGCGACGACUGCUCCUGCCCGCCGUGCUCGUCGGUCACCUGUGACGCCGGCUUUACCUGCGACACCUCGUCGUGCUCGCAAUGUGUGUGUGCAUCGGCCAUCGACGCCUGUGGUGUGUGCGGCGGCGACGGCUCGUCGUGCUCGGACGUCAACCGGUGCGCCUCGUUUGUUGACUGCGCCCAGUGCUCCGAAAUCGCGUCGUGCGGCUGGUGCCCCGAGCUCAACAAGUGUCUCUUCACCGGCGCAGGCACCCGCCCCUCGGACGUGGUCUGCUCCGACUGCCCCAACGAGUGCCAGGUCGGUACCUGCGCGCCACGCAAUGCCCCGCCCACCUGCACCGACUCGACCUUUGUCAUCGCCGAGGACAAUGUCCUCUCCGGCGCGCUCCUCGCCUCGGACCGCGACGGCGAUGCCCUGACCCUCACGCUUACGACGCCGCCGUCCUCGGGCACCGUCGUCAUCGCGCCCUCGGGCACGACGUUCACCUACACCCCGGCGCUCAACUUUAACGGCGUCGUCACUUUUGAGUACACCGUCUCGGAUGGGACAGCGACGGCGCUCGACGGCGCCUGCACGGCUACCAUCACCGUCGACCCGGUCAACGACCCGCCGAUUGCUGUCUCGCCGUCUCCGUGCCUCGCCGGCGCUGAGGACUUUGCCAUCACCGGCACUCUCACGGCCUCGGACCCCGACCUCGUGUGCGCCGGCGGUUCGUACGCCCUCGGCGACUCGAUCACCAUCACGGGCACUGUCCACGACAUGCGGUCGAUCCACCCCGACUUUGAGGGCGCUAUCGCCUUUGAGCGGAACAUCGUCAAGUCGCUCCUCGGCGCUGACAAGAAGCCGGUCUACGGCAACCAUCCCGACGGGACCAAGACAACCAAGUCCAAGGCCUUUUUCGACAUGUGGUUCAACGACCACGACGAGUACAACAUGGCCGGCCCCAUCUCGAUCACCCUCAGCAACGACAACUCGGGCUCGGCGCGCAAGUUUGGCUUCUGUGACACCUCGUUCUUCCCCAUCGACGGCGCCAUGCUUGGCAACGAGGGCAACAAGCACAACUACCACUUUUGCGCCGAGUGGCACCUCCAGUUCCAGCACACCGGCGACGCCGACUCGGUCUUCAAGUUCCGCGGCGACGACGACGUCUGGGUCUUUGUCAACAACCGCCUCGCCAUCGACCUCGGUGGCGUCCACGGCGCUCGUUCGGCCUCGUUUGACCUCAACGAGAUCGCCGACGAGUACGGCCUCGAGGUUGGCGGCGUCUACGACUUUGACUUUUCUUCUGCGAGCAACACCUUCCCCAUUGUUGACUGUGCCCUCGCCUACCGCAUCGUCUCGCCGCCGUCGCACGGUACCGUCACCGUCGCCGGCAACUCAUUCACCUACGUCCCCGACGCCAACUUUGCCGGCGAGGACUCGUUUACCUACGUCGCCUCGGACGGCUCGCUCGACUCGAACAUUGCUCGCGUCUGCCUCAACGUCCAGGGCUCGGCCGACCCGCCAACUGCCUACGACCAGGUCUUUACCCUCCAGGAGAACGCUGUCCUCGACAAUCACGCUCUGCUUGCCACCGACCCGGACGGCGCUGCCGACGCGCUCACCUACGAGCUGGUCGACCUGCCGGCCCACGGUGACGUGACGGCGCUCAACGCCGCCACCGGUGCUAUUGUCUACAAGCCUGACCUCGACUACUUUGGCAAGGACUCGUUCACCUGGCGUGUGACCGACUCGACCGGUCUCGUCUCGCGGCUCGGCACCGCCUCGCUCAACAUCAUCGGCGUGCCGAACCACGUUCCGCGCGCCCGUGACGCCAUCCACACCAUCCGCGAGGACACUGUCCUCCGCGCCACCAUGUAUGGCUUUGACUCGGAUGCCGGUGACCAGUUGUACUUUGACGUUGUCGAGCUCCCAACCCGCGGCAAGCUCGCGUAUGACGGCCUCAAGGGCACCUUUACGUACACACCCAAGGCCAAUGACGACACCUCGGACGCCUUUGUCUACACCGUCUCGGACGGCAAGGCCACGUCGAACCGUGCCACCGUCGAGAUCGUGCUCUCUGCCGUCAACGACGCCCCGGUUCCAGCGCCGCUGGCCUUUUCCACCAAGCAGAACACUGCGUACUCGGGCACGCUCUCUGCACGCGACGUCGACGUUCCGCUCGACGACCUCACCUUUUCGCUGGCGGCUUCGCCGCGGUCGGGCUCGGUCUCGAUCGAUCCGUCCGGCGACUUUGUUUACACGCCGCGGACUGGCUUCUCGGGCCGCGACGCGUUUACCUUUAACGUCUACGACGGCUUUGCCAACUCGGCCUCGCCCGGUCGGGUCACCAUCUCGGUCGUCGACGUCAACGACCCGCCGACGGCCUCAGGCCUCGCCGCCGACACCAAAGAGAACAUCCCGGUCUCGUUUGCGCUGCAGUGCGGCGACCCCGAUGUCGGCGACACCGUAACCGGCCGCCUCGUCUCGUCACCGCCGUCCGGCUCGACCGCCACCCUUCGUAGCGGCGGCCUCUCGGUCCGGUACGUGCCCAAGGCCGGCUUUGUCGGCACCGACAACUUUGAGUACGAGUGCAUCGAUGCUGCUGGUGCCACCUCGGCGUCGGCACCGAUCAAGGUCAUUGUGGCAAACGUCAACCACGUGCCGACCACGUCGAACGCCGCGUUCUCGGUUCUGGAGAACGCGCCUGUUGCUACCUUUGCUCUCGAGGCUGCCGACGUCGACGUCGGCGAGUCGCUCACCUUCCGCCUCGCCCCGUCGACUCCGAACGGCCCGCGCAACGCCAAAUCGUUUGCCCUCGACGCCACCGCCGGCACCUUUACGUACGCCCCGCGGACCGACUACUUUGGCACCGACUCGUUCUCGUUUGUUGUCACCGACUCGACUGGUCUCACCUCGCGGACUGCCGGCCGUGUGACCAUCACCGUCGUCCCACCGGCCAACCACCUCCCGCGGACUGCGCCGGCCACAGGCACCACCGCCGAGGAUACUGAGCUCGUGCUCACUCUUGUCGGCACCGACCAGGACGCCGACGACACCCUCGUCUUUUCGAUCGUCCGCGAGCCAGUCCAUGCCGCCGCGGUCUCGCUCGACAAGGCCAGUGGCCGUUUGUACUACCUCCCGUCACCCGGCUUUGCCGGCGACGACUCGCUCGCCUACACCGUCACCGACUCGGCGUCGGCGUCGGCAACACCUGCCACCGUUACCAUCACGGUGAGCCCGGUCAACGACCCGCCGGUUGUCGCCGACUCGCGCGUCGAGACCGCCGAGGACACCCCGGUCUCGGCGGCGCUCUCGGGCUCGGACGAAGACUCGGCGGCGCUUACCUUUUCGAUCCUCGCGCAGCCGACCCAUGGUGCCGUCGUCCUUGACUCGGCCGCCACUGGCGCGUUCACCUACACCCCAAGUGCGCAGUACUAUGGUCCGGACUCGUUCACCUUUACCGUGGUCGACAGCGACGGCGCCCGCGCGCUUGCACCGGCCAAGGUCUACAUCGCCAUCACCGCCGCCAACGACCCGCCAGUCGCCAUCGACGGCUCUCUGGAGUGUGCCGAAAACUCGCCUGGCUGCUCUUACACUAUGGCUGUCGAGGACGUCGACUCAAAGGUUGUCUCGUGCGUUGUGACCUCGCGCCCGGCCAACGGCCAGCUCCUCGUCAAGUACGAUCCAGCGCUCUUCCGCGCCUCGCGUGACGAGGACAUUGCCGCUUUCACUUCAGCACCCAAGGCCGGCUCCGCCAAGGCCUCCAAGGGCUCCAAGGCCUCCAAGGGCUCCAAGGCCUCCAAGGGCUCCAAGGCCAAGACGGGCUCCAAGGGCUCGGGCUCGCGCGCCAAAAACUCGGCGGCCUCCAAGGCCAAGUUCUCGUCGCGCAAAAACUCAAAGCGGGCGGGCGACCAGGCCCCGAUCUGCCCGACCAACCUCGCAUCGAUGACCGACGCGCAAAUUCUGGCUUACUUUGCUGACAAGGGCUCGCGCAAGGGUAACUCGGCCGGCUCGUCGUCCAAGAACUCGCGCCAGGCCUCGUACUCGUCGUCCAACUCGGCGCCAAUCCAGUGCAGCAACCCGCCUCAGGCGCACAAGGUCUACGUCUGCCACGCCACGUCGUCGACCAAGAACCCGUACGUCCGGCUCUCGGUCGCGCGCUCGUCUCUCGAGGCGGGUCACGUCAUUGGCGAGUCCCAUUCGGGCUCGGGCAACGUCGACCUCCUUCCUGGUGGCGACUCGGGUCUCGACUGCAACUGUAAUGUUGUUGACUCGCCCAAGGCCAAGUCCUCGGAAAAGGCCAAGUCGAAGCUCAAGGCCAGCAAGGCGGCCAAGGCUGCGCUGCUGGCCUGCCGUGCCGCCGCGCUCCCGACCCCGACCACGGUCGCGCCGCGGUGCGCGCUCCCUUCGCUCAUCUCGAACCGGUUCAUCUGCAUCGGCACCAACUCGGCGUCGAACCCUUACACCAAGGUUGAGGUCUCGAUCGACGAGCGCAACGAGCUCCUCGUCGGUUCCGGUGCUGGCUCCGACAAGGGCUCCAACAAGGGCUCCAAGAAGAGCUCCAAGUCGAAGAAGCCCAAGGGCUCUGGCUCGAAGAAGUCAUCACGCGACCGCGACGCCGACGAGGUCGACGCCUCCAAAAAGGCCAAGCGGUCGUCGGACAAGACCAAGUCCGAGAAGGAAAACUCCAAGUGGUUCAACUCGAACGACAAGAGCUCCAAGCAGAAGAAGAGCGCCAAGUCCUCGGGCUCACGCUCGCGCAAGGCCAAGUCGAACAAGUCGAACAAGGUCUCAUCGGCCAAGACUUCCGGUGAGAAGCGCAAGGCUCAGACUCCGCGGAGCACCCGGUACCCGCCGGUCCGCCCGGGCACGGCCGGCCUCGACUGCAACUGUAAGCCCAUUGCCUGCACCGUCACUUAUGUGCCGGACAGCGAGUUCUGCGGCUCUGACGCGUGGCAGUUUGUUGGCUCGGACGGCGCCGCGUCGUCGCCGUCGGCGGCGACUGUCUCGGUUUCAGUCCCGUGCCCGUCGAACCGGGCGCCGCGCGCACACUCGGCCUCGUUCUCUACCGCAGAAGACACGCCGCUCGCGGGCGCGGUCGCUUCGGCCACCGACAACGACGGUGAUGCUCUCACCUUUGUGGUCGUCUCGCCGCCGCGCCACGCCGCCGUCUUUAACCUCGCCGCUGACGGCACCAUCACCUACACACCGGCUGCCGACUACCACGGCGCCGACUCGUUCCUGUUCAAGGCCAACGACGGCUCGGUCGACUCGUCGGUUGCCAAGAUCUCACUCACCGUGACGCCGGUCAACGACCCGCCAGUGGCGGCCUCGAACGCGCUCUCCACGCUCGAGGAUACUCCGAUCUCGUCGUCGCUCCGUGCCACCGACGCCGACGGCGACACGCCGCUGGUCUACACCAUUGUCACGCCGCCGACCUCUGGUCGUGUCACCAUGGGCUCGCGCCCCGGCGCUUUCACCUACACCCCGUCGGCCGACUACAACGGUGACGACUCGUUCACCUUUACUGCCUCGGACGGGAGUGCGGACUCGGGCACCGCCACCGUUACCAUCACAGUGGGCCCGGUCAACGACCCGCCCACCGCCGCCGACGCUACGGUCAACAUCGACGAGCUCCCGCGAGUCGCGCAUGCGCUCGCGCUCACCGCCGCUGACGUCGACGGCGAUGCCCUCACUUUCACCGUUGUCUCGGGCCCGUCGUCUGGCGUCAUCGCGUCCUUCGACGCCGCGUCCGGCACCUUUGACUACACACCCAACGUGGACUUUUUCGGCAAGGACGCGAUCCGGUUCCUGGUCACCGACGCCGACGGCGCGUCGUCGUCUCGCGCAACGCUCACCGUCAACGUUGUUCCGCCGGACAACCACAUUCCGCGCACCGCCGACGCCUCGUACACCAUCGACGAGGACCAGGUGCUCGACGCCAAGCUUGUGGGCACCGACCAGGACGCGUUUGAUCGCGCCAAGCUCACCUUUGCCAAGACGAGCGGCCCGGCCUUUGCCGUUGUCGACUCGGCGACUGGAAAGCUCACCUUUACUCCGCCAGCCCACGUCAACGGCGCCUUUGUGGUCAGCUACGCGGUGACCGACCCACAGGGCGCGACGUCGACAACCGACGGCAACAUCGCAAUCACGGUCAAGCCGGUCAACGACCGCCCGACCGCCACACCGGGCUCCGACUCGACCGACGAGGACACGCCCGCUCUUCUCACGCUGGCUUGCACCGACGUCGACGGCGACGCCAUCGCUGCGUACACCAUCACACGCGUUCCGGCGCACGGCUCCAUCGUCCGCACUCCGGCAGGCUCCAUCGCCGAGUUUACUUACACCCCGGACGCCGACUACAACGGGGCAGACACGUUCUACUUCCGCUGCUCCGACGGUUCGCUCGCGUCAGAGCCGGCUGCAUUUGCCCUUACCGUCACCGCCGUCAACGACAAGCCGGUCGCCACGCCGGCGACCAUGACCUGUGACCAGGGCUCAAACAACACUCUCCAGCUCCUGGCCACUGACCCCGAGGGCUCGGUCCUCACGUACACGCUCACCUCGCUUGCGAUGAUUCCUGACGUCGGCAUCGGCUCACUCGACUCGAGCUCUGGUGUGUUCACCUUUAGCUCGGCUGGUGCCAACGCAGACCCCGCGUCGUUCACCUACACAGUCUCGGAUGGCGUCCUUGUCUCGGACCCGGCGACUAUCGACGUGACCAUCACCAACGGGUUCUCGGCGCCAGUCGGCGCCGACGCCUCGGUCUCGACGCCCGAGGACACGCUGCUCAAGACGCAGCUGUCUGGCACCGACGAUGAUGGCGACAAGCUCUCAUUCUACCUGGUUGGUGCGCCGCGGCACGCUGCCCGCGUCAUGGUCAACCGCGACACGGGCGUGCUCUCGUACCUUCCGACAGCCAACUACGUCGGCAGUGACUCGCUCUCAUACAAGAUUGUCGAUCGCAAAGCAACUUCGGACAUCCAUGUCGUCUCCAUCACCGUCACUGCUGUCAACGACCCGCCGGUCCUCGCCGGUGACGCCUUUGCUACGCCCGAGGACACGCCGGUCACGCUCGACUUUAUUGCCUCGGACAUUGACGGCGACGACCUCACCUUUACGCUGGUCACCCCGCCGUCCCACGGUGGAGUCAGCAUUGACGACGCUGCCGACUCGUACACCUACACACCGGAUGCCGACUACGCCGGCACCGACUCCUUUGUGGUCUCGGCCUCGGACGGGAGCGCGACGUCGGGCAACGCCCGCAUUCGCGUCAGGGUCGAGCCGCGCAACGACAUCCCGGUCUGCGCCAACGCACACUUUGUGGUGCCCGAAGGCGCGUCCCGUGCCAAGCUUACCAUGGCGGCGACCGACGUCGAUGCUGGCGACCGGCUCACUUACACCAUUGUGGCCGGGCCGAACUUUGGCACUCUUACUGGUGUCAACUCAGGCUCGGCAAACGUCCGCUACACUCCGAACCGCGACUACUUUGGCGCCGACAAGUUCUCGUUCUUUGUCACCGACUCGGACGGCGCGGUCUGCUCGGUCUCAAACGUCACUAUCGACGUCGACCCGCCGGCCAACCAUCUCCCGCGCUGCCUCCCGGCCCAGCUCACUCUGGACGAGGACGAGGACUUUGUCGCCAAGGCCUUUGUCCUCUCGGGCACCGACCAAGACACCGACCAGACGCUCACCUUUACGCUGACCUCGGCGCCGCCGGCCGGUGUUUCCGGCUUUGCCAUCGACUCGGCUGCCGGCGCGCUCUCUGGCUCGCUGGAUGCUGACUACGCCGGCAAGUCGUCGUUCACCUUUAAGGUCUGCGACUCGUUCGCUCCGUCGGCCUGCUCGGCGAGAGAGUGCAGCGGUGUGCUGCUCGUGACGCCGGUCAACGACGCGCCGGUCGCGGCCGACGACUCGCUCGUGACCAACGAGGACACUGCCGCCCGCGGCGUGCUCUCGUGCUCGGACGCAGAGGACGGGGACAAGCUUUCCAAGUUCUCGGUUACUGCGGCCGGCUCGGGGACUGUGGUCCUCGGCUCGCGCGGCGGGUACACCUACACGCCGAACGCAAACGUCUUUGGCACCGAUGCGUUUACCUUUAAGUGCACCGACUCGGCAGGCGUCGCCUCCAACUCGGGCACCAUCUCGGUGACGAUCAACUCGGUCAACGACGUGCCUGUUGCGCUUGCCGACACGCUCACGGUGGACGAGAAUGCGCCGCCGACGCAGAUCACGCUCCUCGGGCGCGACGCGGACGUGGACGACUCGCUCACCUUUGCCAUUGCCUCGCCGCCGGCCAAGGGCACAGCGACAAUCGAUGCGGCGACCGGCAUCCUCACGUACACGCCCAAGGUCGACACGUGGGGCGCCGACUCGCUCACCUUUACGGUCUUCGACGGGACGGCCACGUCGGCGCCGGCCAAGUUGGCGAUCACCAUCGUGCCGCCGGCGAACCACAUUCCGCGGUCGGCCAACGCGACGCUUGUUGUCGACGAGGACACGACCGGACGGGUCGGCCUCGUCGGCACAGACCUCGACCGUGGCGACUCGCUCACCUUUGUCCUCCGCGCCAAGCCGGCGCACGCCUCGCGCGUCGCGCUCAACUCGCGCAACGGCAUGCUCCAGUACCGGGCCGCGGCCAACUUCCACGGCUCGGACUCGCUGACGUACGUCGUCUUUGACGGCACCGCCUACUCGACCGAGGCCUUUGUCACCAUCACGGUGCUCCCGGUCAACGACCGUCCGGUGGCGUCGAGUGACUCGGCCGCGGUCGAUGAGGAUGGCGUCCUCUCGGACGAGCUGACCGGCAACGAUGUCGACGACCUUCCGUCGGCGCUGACAUACACCAUCACCAGCGGCCCGCGCUUUGGCGCGGUGGCGCUCAUCGGCUCCGGCCCGGCGUUCAGCUACACGCCCGAAGCCAACUUCCACGGCUCGGACCGCUUCACCUUUAGCGUCACCGACGCUGCAGGCUCGGUCUCGCAGCCGGCGACGUUCUCGAUCACAGUGGUGCCGGUCAACGACCCGCCGACCACGAGCAGUUGCGCGUUCAAGGUCAACGAGAACUCGGGCUUCUUUGGCCGCGGUAACCGGCUCGUCCUCCCGGCGACCGACAUCGAUACCGCCCCGCGCGACACGCUCACCUUUGAGCUCCUCGACACCUCGGGUGUCGGCGAGGGCGAGCUUGGCUUUGCCGACGAGGUCCGUGGCCGCAUCUUUGCAGCGCGCUCGUCGUGCGGCAAGCCGGCCGACGGCAGCCGCAAGCUCUUUGUCUGCCGCCCGGUCGACGACGCUGGCUCGGCCUUUACCCGGGUCGCGGUCACUCGCCGCGAAGCGCGCGACUACCAGCGGCUGCUCAGCACGCCGCCCAAGGUGGCGGAAAUUGGUGCGCUGCUCGACCCGUCGGCGACCGACGAGUUUGUGCUCGCCACCGCCGACUCGGACGACGACACCGACGCUGCCACCUUUGCGUCGCAAGUCGCCUCGCAGGUUGCGCCAGGUACCAACGGCCUCGACUGCAACUGUGACCCGCUGCCUGCCGACGAGGUCGAGACCACCGAGCCGAGCAACGCCCGCGCCGGUACGACCUCUCGCAACCGCGGCGUGCUCCGCUUCCGCCCGGUGCGCGAGUUCUUCUCGCCGCCGACGCUCUCGUUUGUGUACCGGGUGUGCGACGGCUCUGCCUGCUCGCAGGCCACGACCUGUACCAUCGAGGUGGUCUCGCGCGGCAACCACCGCCCGCGCGGUGCCAACGCGCUGGUGUGGACCGAUGAGGACACCGCGAUUGCGCCGCUGCAGCUGGUUGGGACCGACGCUGAUGGCGACGACCUGACCUUUGCGCUCCACCGCGCCGCGCGCUCCGGCUCCGCUGUCGUGUCAUCCAGCGGUGUCCUCACUUACACGCCUGCCGCCGACUUUAAUGGUCGUGAUCGGACGUCGCGGCCAAAGAAGGUGCUCAUCCUUGUGCGCCCAGUCAACGACCCGCCCGUGGCGGUCGACGGCUCGGCGACUCUGGACGAGGAUACUGUCCUCCGCGCUGCCUUUGUGUGCAACGACAUCGAGUCGCGCGGCAACCCAUGCCGCUGGUGGCGGACUCGCCUCUCCAAGUGGGUCAACGUCACCAACAGCGCGGGCGUGCCCGAGUGGCGCCGCGUCCGCGCCGAGGCACGCAUCGCGCUCUCGGCCUACUUCCGCGCCGCCGACUGCGGCCGCCGCCUCGAGGUCACUGUCCUCGACGCCCCGAAGAACGGUACCGUCGCUCCGCGGUGGUACGCCGACUGGCUGUGGGAGGGCGACUCGGUGUGGACCAAGUGGGGUUGGGAGAAGAAGGAGGGCAAGUACUGGCGCGGCCGCUUCCGCUACACGCCGCAGCCACACUUUGCCGGCAUCGACACGGUCACCUUCCAGUGCACCGACGGCGAUGCCGUCUCCAACACCGCCACAUUUACCUUUAACGUGGCGCCCGUCAACGACCGCCCGGUCGGCGUUCCCUCGCGAUUCACCGUGCCCGAGAACUCGGGCCCGGUCGUCUUCCAGCUCGAGGGCAACGACGUCGACGGCGACGUGCUUAGCUACGCGCUUGUCGCCGGCCCGUCCAAGGCUGCCACCCCGCCGAUCCUCGACACGGCCACUGGCGCACUGACCUACACGCCGGCGACGGACGUGUGGGGCGAUGAUGGAAUCACAUUUACCGUCUCGGACGGCGUCCUCACCUCGCGGGUGGUCAAGGCGCAGAUCACCAUUGUGCCGCCCGACAACCACCUGCCGCGGACAGCUGACGGUAACUUUACCACAUUUGAGGACACCCGCCUUCGCGGUGGCCUCGUCGGCACCGACCAGGACUCGCAGGACGAGCUCGCGUUUACCGUCGACACGCCACCGAGCCACGCCGCCGAGUUCCAACUCAUUCGCGACCGCAAGCAGGGUCAGACCUUUAUGUACAAGCCGAAGCCCGACUACAACGGCGUCGACUCGUUCACUUACCACGUCAACGACGGGACUGCCGACUCGGCGCCCGCCACCGUCACCAUUCACAUCCUGCCUGUCAACGACGCACCGACUGCUUCGCCGGCUUCGGGCUCGACGCCCGAGGACACCCCGCUCUCGGCUUCACUCUCCGGCUCGGACCCCGAGGCCGACACGCUCUCGUUCCGGCUCGCGCGCGGCAUCCGCCCGGCCGCUGCCGGUUCGGUCAGCAUCGACGCGGCAACCGGGCUCUACACCUUUGUGCCGGCUGCCGACUACGUCGGGAGCGCCACGUUUUACUUUACCGUCUUUGACGGUGCUCUCAACUCGGCCCGCGCGCUCGUGACGCUUGAGGUGAGCCCGGUCAACGACGCUCCGGUGGCUGCCGACUCGACGCUCUCGGUCGAUGAGAACGGGCCCAUCUCGCGCAGCCGUGUGCUCGCGACGGACGUUGAUGCUGGUGACUUGCUCACCUACACCGUGGUUGCUGGGCCGAGCUCGGCGGCCUCGUUUGAGCUCAACGUGGCCAACGGCGCGUUUGCCUACAAGCCUGCGGUCGACACCUGGGGCACCGACUCGUUCACCUUUACCGCCACCGACGCUGACGGCGCCGUUUCCAACGUCGGCACGGUCACAGUCUACAUUGUGCCACCGGACAACCACAUUCCGCGCACGCUCUCUGGCCGCCUCCUCCUCGACGAGGACACGACUGCGAGCAAGCAGCUUGUCGGGACCGACUUUGAUGAGGACGACGUGCUCUCGUUCCACAUUCAGGAGCCGCCACGCCACGCCAAGGCCUUCCAUCUCGACGAGGCCACCGGUGCUUUUCCUACUCGCCGAUGCGUGACGUACUACGUCAACGACGGGCAGGCCAACUCGCUUGUCUCGACCAUCACCAUUGCCGUCGAGCCGGUCAACGACGCGCCGGUUCCCGCCGACGCCUCCUUCCGAACUGCCGAGGAUACACCCGUGACCGGGACUCUGGUCUGCGCCGACGUCGAAGGCGAGGCGCUGACCUUUGCCGUCGUGGAUGAGCCGGCCGCCGGCACCGCGUCGGUCGAGACGGCGCCGCAGGAGGAUGGCGCUGUGGUCUUUACCUACUCGCCGGCGCCCAACGCCCACGGCCGCGACACGUUCACCUUUUCGUGCACCGACGGCUCGGGUGCCGUCUCGGCCUCGGUCGGAUCCGUCGUCAUCCGCGUCACGCCGGCCAACGACGUGCCGACCGCCGACAACGUCGAGCUAGUCUUUGACGAGCUUCCUCGCAAGGCCCACGAGUUCCAGCUCGCCGGCAGCGACGUCGACGGCAACGCGCUGACCUACACGGUUGCGGUCGCUCCGGGCCGCGGCACAGUCUCGUCGUUUGACCCGCGCUCCGGCUCGGGUGUCUACCUCGCCGACGUCGACGUCUGGGGCACCGACACGCUUGUGUACUCGGUGACCGAUACCGAGGACGACCGAAACGUGCCGCUCGCCGCAGGCGCAGCCCUCUACGGCUUUGACGUCGACGCUGACGACACGCUCACUUGGGCCUUUGUCACGCCGCCCUCGCUCGCGGCGUCGGCCGUGGUCGACCCGGCCACCGGUGCGCUCUCGUACACGCCGGCUGCCGAUGCCUUUGGUGUCGACACCUUUAGCUACAAGGUGACCGACUCGGCCGGCGGCGAGUCGCGCGUGGCGAUCGUCACGCUCACCAUCAAGCCGGUCAACGACGCGCCAGUGGCGUCCGACGACGCCUUUACCCUCGCUGAGGACGCUGUCGGCUUCUCUGCUGGCCUCACCGCCUCGGACGUCGACUCGCCGCGGUCGGACCUCGUCUAUCGAGUCCGUAACGCGCCGCAGUUUGGCUCGGUCGUUCUUCGCGGUGCCAACUUUGUGUACUCGCCUGACGGCGACUACCAUGGCGCCGACUCGUUCACCUUUGCCGUCUCCGACGGCAUCGCCACCUCGACGCCGGCCACGAUCUCGCUCACCAUCACGCCGGUCAACGACGCUCCGGUCGCGACCGACGGCGAGUUCUCGGUUGCCGAGAACGGCGCGCCGGUCGUGUUCACCCUGACCGGCACCGACGCCGACUCGGACCCGCUCAUCUUUGCGCUCUCCGGUGCGACGCCGAUGCGCGGCUCGGUCGUUCUCCUUGAUGCUGGUGCCGGUAUCGUCGAGUACACGCCGAGCACCGACGUGUGGGGCAGCGACUCGUUCGAAUUCUCGGUCUCGGACGGCAGCGCCGUGUCGGCCAAGCUCGGCUCGGUUGCGGUCACCAUUGUGCCGCCGGCAAACCACAUCCCGCGGUCGCGCCCGGCUGUGGUCUACACUAACGAAGACACUCCAGUCUCGCUCGUUCUCUACGGCACCGACCAGGACGUCGACGACGACCUCCAGUUUGUGCUGCAGGACACAGCGUCGCCGCUUGCCGGCGUUGUCUCGCUCGAGGCCUACAACGGUAGGCUCCGGUUUGUGCCUGACGCCCACUUCCACGGCAACACCUCUAUCCUCUACACUGUCGCCGACUCGGCCGGUGGCGUCUCGGGCGCUGCCGAGGUCGUCUUUGUCGUCGCGCCGGUCAACGACGCGCCGACGGCUACGCCGGGCAGUGCCACCAUCGACGAGGACACUCCGCACUCGGACGUGGUGCUCGGCAAUGAUGUCGACGGCGAGGCGCCGUCGUAUGUCGUCACCGGCGCGCCGCUGUACGGCUCGCUCACCGCGUUUGACGCCGCCACCGGUGCAUUCACCUACGUGCCGAACGCGCACUUCCACGGCCGCGACGCGUUUGCCUUUGUCGCCCGCGACGCUGCUGGUGCCUUCAGCUCGGCCACCCACUACAGCCUCACGGUGGUGCCGGUCAACGACGUGCCAGUCGCGUCGCCGCUGGAGAUCUCGGUGCCUGAGGACUCGGAGCCGGUCCCUGUCGUCCACUCGGUGGUCGACGCCGACGGCGACGCGCUCUUCCUUGUCGUCGAGCAGCCGCCGGCCUUUGGUCGCGUCAAGCUCUUCAACACCAACGGCCCGCUCUCGUCGGCACCCAACUGCGCCGCGCCGCCGGCCGCCGACUCGGUCUACAUGUGUGUGGCCAAGACGGCGUCGACGUCGCGCGAGGCGGUGGCCAUCUCGCAGGAGCCGGCGUCGAGCCAGCAGGGCACGGCCUCGCCGACCUCGCCGUUCAAGAAGCGGCUCAUCCGCAAGUCGGAGCUCGAGUCCGACCGUGCCGCCCGCCGCGAGCGCGACGGCGACACAGGCCUGCCUGACAUUGUGCCGGGCACACUGGGCCUCAACUGCGCUUGCCAGCCAGUCCCGCUCGUCGGCUUCUACAAGCCCAACACCGACUUCUUUGGCACCGACGCGUACUCGGUCAAGGCCUUUGAUGGCACCGCCUGGUCCAACGUGGCCACCGUUACCAUCACUGUCGUCCCGCCGGCCAACCACAUUCCGCGGACCGCCCCGCUCCGCAUCGGCACGUCCGAAGACACCCCGACCGGCGGCGCGCUUGUCGGCACCGACCAGGACGUCGACGAUACGCUCACCUGGAACGUUGCCACCCCCGGCUCGCUUGGCUCGCUCGCCCUCGACUCGGCAACCGGCUCGUUUGUGUACACCCCGAACUCGAAUGCGUGCGGCACCGACAGCCUCAGUUACACUGUCACCGAUGGCAUUGCCACCUCGGAGCCGUCGCCUCUGAUUGUUGACAUUGCGUGCGUCAACGAUGCGCCGACUGCCGCACCCGUCGCCGACUCGACGCCCGAGGACACCCCGCUUACUGGGAUGCUCAGCUGCGCCGACAUCGACUCGCAAGCCGUCGUUCACACUAUCGUCGGCCUCCCGGUCUCGGGCUCGGUCGUGCUCUCGUCGGCCGACGGCUCGUCGCCGGCCUUUGUCUACACCCCGACGGCCAACUUUAACGGCGCCGACUCGUUUACCUACAAGUGCUUUGACGGUGAGCGCUACUCGAGCGAGGCCACCGUCUCGCUCACAGUGACACCGGUCAACGAUGCUCCGGUGGCGUCUUACUCGACUCUCUCGCUCCCGGAGAAUGGCCCAGUCACCCUCGGCCAGCUCGUGGCGUCGGACGUCGACGGCGACGCGCUCACCUACGUCAUCUUUGCCGCCAAGGGCGAGCCAGCAAAGGCCAAGGUCUUCACCCUUGUCUCGGCCUCGUCGGGUACCUUUAACUACCAGCCGGUGGUUGAUGUUUGGGGCGCAGACGUGUUCCGCUUCUACGUCGUUGACGCCAGCGGCGCGCAGUCCAACGUUGCCACCUGUGCCAUCACCAUCGUGCCGCCGGUGAACCACCUGCCACGGACCGCCAAUGCCACGUUCUCGGUGCCCGAGGAAGAGACCCUGGUCGCCCCGCUUGUCGGCACCGACCUCGACAACGAGCCGCUCACCUUUCGGUCGUUUCUGCUCCGGCGAACGGCGUUGCCGUCAUCGACCCGCGACAACUUCCACGGCAGUGUCGAGCUGGCGUACACCGUCAACGACGGCAUCGACAACGCGGGCAUGCCCGGGUACGUCACCAUCGCCGUGACUCCGGUCAACGACGCCCCGGUCGCUUCUCCCGCCGCCCUCACCACCGACGAGGACACUCCGCUGACUGCUGCCUUUGUCGCAUCUGACAUCGACCUCGGCGUCUCUGACUCGGGCGCGCUCUCGUACGCGAUUGUGGCGCAGGGCUCGUUCGGUGUUGUCACACUGCCGGCUGGCCCCAACUCGCCGUCGUUUACUUACACGCCGGCAGUCGACUUCCACGGCGCCGACACCUUUACCUACGUUGUCUCGGACGGCGUGGGCUCGUCCAACGUGGCGACGAUCUCGGUCACGGUGGUGCCGGUCAACGACCCGCCGGUCGCCUUUGACGGCAUCUUGCUCGUCGGUGAGAACACGGAGUUCCGUCCGGCCAAGGGCAACAUGACCCUGGCUGGCCGCGACGUCGACGGUGAUGCGCUUUUCUUUGCCAUUGUCACCCCGCCGGCUUCGGGCACCAUCUACGGCCUCGACUCGGAGACCGGCUACGUCAUGUACGAGCCGAACCCCGACCAGACCGCCGCCGACUCGUUCACCUUUACUGUCAGCGACGGCGUCGCCACCUCGGCGGCAGCCACCGUCUCGAUUACCAUCGUCCCGGUUGCUAACCAUGGCCCGGUCUCGGCACCGGCCAACCUCACCGUGGCCGAGGACACCGUCCUUGUCUCGGCGCUCUACGGCUUUGACCUCGACACCAAGGACGUGCUCGUCUUUGCCGUCGUCGACGCCCCGACACAUGCUGCCGAGCUCUCGGUCUCAACGUCGGGCCAGAUGACGUACUCCCCGGCUGCCAACUAUGUGGGACCCGACUCGUUCACCUACACUGUCACCGAUGGCGAGUACACAUCGUCGCUCGCCCUCGUCUCCAUCAGUGUCACACCAGUCAACGACCCGCCGGUUGUCAACGACAUUGCGCUCACCAUCCAGGAGGACACUGCUGUGACGGCUGCUGCGCUCUCGGGUACCGACGUCGAGGGCUCGUUCCUCACCUUUGCGCUGCUCGACACCUCGGGCGCCAACGGCGUGGUGAGCCUCUCGCUCAAUGCCGACGAGACGCAGAAUGAUGUGCUGAGCUACAUGCCCGACGCCCACUUUAACGGCGUUGCCGUCUUCACCUACAACGCCACCGAUGACGAGGGCGCCGCCGCUCUUGUCCCGGCCACCGUCACCAUCACCGUGGUCCCGGUCAACGACGUGCCGGUUGCGCUCGACUCGGCGCUCGUCGCUUACGAGCUCGACCGCUCUCCGGUCUCGCACAGCUUCACCGCAACCGAUGCUGAUCUUACCCGCGAGGGCGACGUCCUCACUUUUGCGCUUGUGAGCAAGCCGAGCCACGGCUCCGUCUCCAACUUUGACGCUGCUGCCGGUACCUUUGACUACCUGGCGGCCCGCGACUACUUUGGCAACGACACCCUGACCUUCCGGGUCACCGACGCGGCCGGCGCCAUCUCCAACGUCGGCACCGUCGUCAUCGACGUCAUCCCGCCGGCGAACCAUGUUCCGCGCGCAGUGCCCGAGUCGUUCACCGUCGCCGAAGACACCCAGCUCUCCGAGCCGCUCCGGGGCACUGACCAGGACGCCGCCGACAGCCUCACCUUUACCCUCGCUGAUUCUCCCGCGCACGGCGCCGCCGCCAUCAGCGCGUCUGGGCUCCUGACCUACACACCCGACGCUGACUAUGUCGGCGACGACGUGCUCACCUUUACCGUGAGCGACGGUUCGGCCACAUCGUCGGCCGCAACCGUGGCCAUCGUCGUGACGCCGGUCAACGACGCGCCGGUCGCGUUCUCGGGCUCGGGCUCGCUCGCCGAGGACACGCUCUUCUCGGGCGCGCUUCUUGCCACCGACAUCGACUCGCCGGACGCGAGCCUCGUCUACAGCCUUGUCUCGGCACCGUCGGCGGGCACCGUCUCGCUCGCAGCCUCGGCUUCCAGCGGCGGCCUGCCGUUCACCUACACCCCGCCGGUUGACUUCCACGGCCGUGUGGUCUUUGGCUUUGUGGCCUUUGACGGCGACGCCACCUCGGCGCCGGCCAACGUCACCCUCGACGUGCUGCCGGUCAACGACGUGCCGGUCGCGCAUGCCGCCUCGCUCUCGCUCAACGAGAACGAUCCGGCGACAAGGGUCACGCUCUCGGGCUUCGAUGUCGACGGCGACACGCUCACCUUUGAGCUCGACGGCGUCCGCUCGCCUCGCAAGGGUUCGGUCACGCUCGUCGACGCCGCCGCCGGCAUUGUUGAGUACACGCCGGCGACUGACGUUUGGACUGCACCGUCGACGCCGGACCUCAUCUCGUUUGUUGUUUAUGACGGCACCGCCCGCUCGGCUUCGGCCAACCUUGCGGUCACCAUUGUGCCGCCGGCGAACCACCGCCCGCGCGCCGGCGACCAGGCCUUUGCCCUCUCGGAGGAUGACGGCCCGCUGAGCUUCAAGCUCGUUGCUACCGACCAGGACGUCAACGACAUCCUCACCAUCCGCAUCGACCAGGCGCCGACCAAGGGCACUGUCAUCCGCUCCGGCCUCGACGUUGUCUACACGCUCGCAGAGGAUGCCAACGGCGCCGACGCGCUCGUGUACUCGGUCUACGACGGCGAGCACUUUUCGGUCACCUCGGGCACCAUCUCAUUCACCAUCGCGCCGGUCAACGACGCGCCGGUCCCGGUCUCGGUCUCGGACGAGACGCUCGAGGACACGCCGCUGGCCAUCACUCUCGAAUGCACCGACGUCGACUCGACCGAUGCCCAGGUGAGCUACUCGCUCGUCUCAACGCCGCCGGCGUCUGUUGGCUCAGUCGCCCUCGACUCGCCCGCCACGGGCGCUGCCGUCUUUACGCCUGCCGCCAACUACAACGGCCCGGUCGCCUUUGACUUUACCUGCACCGACGGCGCGGCAUCCGCCGCUCAGCCGGGCUCGGUCGAUCUCAACGUGCUCCCGGUCAACGACGCGCCGGUCGCGUCGCACGACGCGGUCUCUGUGCCUGAGAACGGGCAGGGUGUCGAGAUUGUGCUCGAGUGCGCUGAUGUCGACGGCGACGCGCUCUCGUUUGCGCUCGUCUCGCCGCCGCGCCUUGGCGCCCUCUCCGGCUUCUCGGCCCGCCGCGGUGUCGUCACCUACACCCCGCUGGUCGAUGUGUGGGGUGCCGAUGCCUUUGGCUUUGUCUGCUCCGACGGGCUCGCCAGCUCGAACGCUGGCAACAUCUCGGUCACUGUUGUUCCGCCGGCCAACCACAUUCCGCGCACGACCUCGGUCGCGGUCACCAUCGAUGAGGAGGCCACGCUCAACUACGACCGCCUCACCGCCACGGACCAGGACGUCGGCGACUCGCUCGCCUUUGUCCUCAAGUCUGGCCCGGGGUCGGCGGCUUCGUUCAGCCUCGCUUCCGACGGCACCUUUGCCUACACCCCAGUCGCCGAGUUUAACGGCGUUGACUCGUUCACUUUUGUCGCUUCCGACACCAUCGACGAGUCGGCUCCUGCCACCGUCACCAUCACCGUCGUCCCGGUUAACGACGCCCCGGUCCCGACUCCGGGUGCGUUCAUCACCAACGAGGACGAGGCGUACACCGGCGCCCUCGAGGCUGUCGACGUCGACUCGGACGCCAGCUCUCUCUCGUAUGCGGUCGUCACCGGCCCGAGCUCCGGCUCGGUCGUCCUUGUCGGCGGCAGCUCGUCGGGCGUCUCGGGCCCGGUCUUCACCUACGUCCCGACUCCGGACUUCCACGGCACCGACUCGUUCACCUUUGACGUCACUGAUGGCGCCGCGAGCUCGUCGACGCCGGCCACCGUCUCCAUCACCGUCCUCCCGGUCAACGACGCGCCGACUGCCGAGCAUGCCGCGUUCUCCGUGGCCGAGAACGCCGGCCCGGCCGUCUUUGGCCUUGUCGCUGACGACGUCGACGGCGACGCCCUCACCUGGACCGUUGUCUCGCCGCCGGCCCGCGCCAGCUCGUUUGUCUUUACCGGCCCGUCGUUCAGCUACGCGCCGGCAACCGAUGUGUGGGGCGACGACUCGUUCACCUUUGAGGUCACCGAUGCCUCUGGCGAGUCGUCGGGCGUCAAGACCGCGCGGGUCACCAUUGUGCCGCCGGCCAACCACGUGCCGCGCGGCAACGCCGCGGCCUUUAGCAUGUACGAAGACACCGCCCUCGUCUUCCGGCUCAACGGCACCGACCAGGACACCGCCGACACCCUCACCUUUGCCAUUGUUGACUUUCCGUCGGCCGUCGGCGCUCCGGGUGAGCUUCUCUCGCUCGUCACCGGUGACGUCCGCUACGUCCCGCGCGCCAACUACUUUGGAUCGGACUCGUUCACCUACACCGUCACCGACGGAACCGACACUUCGGCAGCCUACGCCGUCGACAUUGUCAUCCUUCCGGUCAACGACCCGCCGACGGCCGAGUCGGACGAGUUUACCCUCGCCGAGGACUCGGUCCUCGUCGACGUCCUCGUCGGCGCUGACGUCGAUGACUCGCUCGCGUCGCUCACCUUUGUCCUUGUUGCGCUCCCGACCUCCGGAAACGUGACUGUCGACGCCGCCACCGGUGCCUUUGUCUACACCCCGCGCGCCAACUUCCAUGGCGCCGACGGGUUCUCGUUCAAGGUGAUCGACCCGGCCGGCGCCGAGUCGGCGCUUGCCUCUGUUGCCCUCACCGUCGCCUCGGUCAACGACGCGCCGGUCGCCUACAACGGUGGCCUCUCCGUCGACGAGGAGUCGCCGGCGACCGCCGGCUCGACGCCGCCGACGCCGUUUGCGCUCCGCGCCACCGACGCCGAUGGCGACGACCUCGUCUUUGAGCUCCUCUCGUCACCGACCCUCGGUGUGGUCUCCAACUUCAACCCGUACACCGGGACCGGCUCGUUCAAGCCGACCGUCGACGUGUGGGGUGAGGACGUGCUGACCUUCCGGGUCACCGACGCCCACGGCAGCGUCUCCAAUGUUGCCUCGUUUACCAUCCUUGUUGUUGCCGGAGUUCACGCGCCGCGCUCAGCCGACGCCGUCCUGCUCGUCGACGAGGAGAUGCUCGGGUCUGUCAGCCUUGUCGGUACCGACCAGGACGCCGCCGACAUCCUUGCCUGGCGCAUUGUCGACAUGCCGGAUCACGCCUCGUCGGUCAGCCUCGACGCCGCGUCUGGCGUGCUCAGCUACACCGGCGCAGUCGACUUCCACGGCGCCGACGCAUUGACCUACGUCGUCAACGACGGCACUUACAACUCGACAGUUGCCACUGUUGCCAUCACUGUCCGUCCGGUCAACGAUGCACCGGUCGCGUACCCGGGCUCGCUUGCCACCACCGAGGACACGCCGGUCUCGUCGGUCCUUGUCGGCUCUGACGUCGAUGGCGACAACCUCGCGUUCUUUAUCUCCCGGUCUCCGGCCUCGGGCGCCAUCUCGCGCGACUCGGAGCUUGCGCGCGAGUUUGUCUUUACGCCUUCGCUCAACUUUAACGGCUUUGACUCGUUUGAGUACUACGUCUCCGACGGCGAGGCCAACUCGCAGGCCGUCACCGUCAACAUCACGGUCGCGCCGGCCAAUGACGCGCCGACCUGCGCACCGGCCACGUACACGGUUCCCGAGUACAACGCGCUGUACUUUACCGACGACCCGCGGACACCGCGGACGCCGCUCCUGGUCACGCUUCCGGGCUCAGACCUCGACGGCGACGCCCUCGUCUACUCGCUGCGGACCUCGCCGGUCCACGGCCAGGUCAAGGCCUUUGACGCCUCGGCGGGUACCCUCGAGUACUGGCCGGCCGUCGACUACUUUGGCGCCGACGAGCUGACCUACGCCACCUCUGACGGCUCGGCCGCCUGCGACUACGCCACUGUCUCCAUCACCGUCGUUCCGCCGGCCAACCACGUCCCGCGCUCGGCUCCGGCCACCUUUACCACGCUCGAGGACACGCCGCUAGCCGAGAGUCUCGUCGGCACCGACCAGGACGUCGCCGAUGUCCUGACCUUUGCGCUUGUCGGCCCGUCACCGCCGCCCUCGGUCGGCUCGGCGGUUGUUGACGCUGCCUCGGGUGUGUUCACCUUUGCGCCUGCCGCGAACUUCAACGGUGAGGUCAGCUACAGCUACACUGUUUCCGACGGGACGGCCACCUCGCGGACUGCCGCCAUCUCGGUCGUCGUCCAGCCGGUCAACGACCCGCCCACUGCCGACUCGUUCACCUUUGCUGUCGACGAGGACGCCGAGUACUUUGGCCAGCUCUCUGGUUCGGACCUCGACGUGCCGGCCGACGCCCUCAGCUACGCCAUCGCCCGCCCGCCGGCUGCCGGAGCCCUCACGCUGCCGUUUGCCGGCUCGCCGGCCUUUGCCUACCGCCCUUCGCCAAACUACAACGGCCCCGACUCGUUCACCUACUACGUCGACGACGGCACCGACGUCUCGGCCACCGUCGAGGUUGCCAUCACCGUCAACCCAGUCAACGACGUCCCGGUCGCCCGCGACAUUUCAUUUGCCGUCGACGAGAACGCGCCUGGCAAGGUCUUCCUCCUCGCCUGCAUCGACAUCGACGCCAACGACGGAGCCUUCACCUUUGCGGUCGGCUCCCCGAGCCGCGGCACUGUCGUCGGCCUCGACGCCUCGACCGGCUCGGCCACCUUUGUCCCUACCACCGACGUCUGGGGCGCUGACUCGUUCACCUACACCUGCACCGACGCCGCUGGCGCAACCUCGGCGCCGGCUACUGUCCGGGUCACCAUCGUUCCGCCGGCCAACCACGUUCCGCGCUCGGCUGCCGCCGCCUUUACCGUCGCCGAAGACACCCCGCUCUCGCCCAAGCUCGCUCUGGUCGGCACCGACCAGGACGCCGGCGACAGCCUGACCUUCCGCAUCUCGGCCGCGCCCGCCCAUGCUGCAGCGUUUGCCCUCGACCCUGCCACCGGCAUGCUGAGCUACACUCCGGCCGCCAACUACGCUGGCUCGGACUCGCUCUCUUACGUCGUCACCGACGGCACCGACACCUCGUCGCCGUCGAUCGUCUCCAUCACCGUGAACCCCGUCAACGAUGCCCCGGUCGCCCGCGACUCGGCCGCUGCUGGCGCAGAGGACUCCCCAAUCUCCUCGGUUAUGCUCGGCUCCGACGUCGAGACGCCAGAGUCGGACCUGGUCUUCACCGUCAGCCUGGCUCCGGCCAACGGCGUCCUUGUCCAGGACGCGCCUGGCUCGGCGGGCUUCACCUUUACUCCCGACCCGAGCUGGUUCGGCACCACCUCGUUCACCUUUACCGUCUCGGACGGCGUCGCAUCCUCGGCCACGCCGGGCGAGGUGACCCUCACCAUCGAGGCCGUCAACGACGUGCCGACCUGCAGCGACUCGGCCGUCUCGGUCAACGAGCUCCCGCGGUCGGCUGCCGUCGUCUCGACCACGCUCGUUGCCGCCGAUCCGGAUCUCGCCACUGGUGACAUCCUCACCUACAUCAUCGACUCGGCGCCGGCCUCGGGCGCAGUCACGUCCUUCGACGCCGCCACCGGCCAGAUCACCUACGUGCCUGCUGUCGACUUUUUCGGCACCGACUCGCUCACGUUCUACGUCCACGACAAGGACGGCGCGAACCCCAACUCGAACGCGCCUGACACCUGCCCGACGCCCAAGUCGUCCAAGAAGACGUACCUCUGCCACGGCACGUCAUCGGACAAGAACCCGUACAACCGCAUCCAGGUGGCCAAGGCCUCGCUCAGUGGCCAUGUCAUCGGCUCGGCGGACUCGCCCAACGGUAAGUACCCCGACUACUUCCCGGGCACCAACGGCCUCGACUGCGAGUGCAACGCCUACGUCCCACGCCGGUCCAAGACCUGCACGCUCACCGUCACCGUUGUUCCGCCGGUCAACCACGUCCCGCGCGCCGCGCCGGCGAGCCUCACCACCAACGAGGACACCCCGGUCUCGGCGCCGCUCGUCGGCACCGACCAGGACGCUGCGGACGUCGCCGGCCUCGUCUUUGCCGUCGAGUCGGGCCCGUCCAACGGCACGGCAGCCUUUGACGGCAAGACUCUGACCUACACCCCUGCAGCGGACUUCUUUGGCUCGGACACCCUCGCCUACACUGUCUCGGACGGAACCGACACCUCGGCCCCGGCUGAAGUCACUCUCCGCGUCAACCCAGUCAACGACGUUCCGGUCGCAUCGCCAGCCUCGCUCGUCACCAACGAGGACACGCCGCUCCGCGGCGUCCUCGUCGCUUCCGACGUCGAGACCCCGGUCGCCGCCCUCGUCUACACCAUCACCGCUGCACCGGUCUCGGGCACCGUCACUGUCGAGGGCAACGCCUUUGUCUACACGCCAGCGGCCAACUACAACGGGCCGGACGCCUUUGCAUUUGUCGCCACCGACGAUGCAGGCGUAGACUCGGUCCCGGCCACGAUUACCAUCGCUGUCUCGCCCGUUAACGACCCGCCGCGCGCCGCCAACCUCGCCUUCUCGCACCCGGAGCUCCCGCGGUCGACAAAGUCGUACUUCCUCGUCGGCUCCGACAUCGAGGCCUCGCCGCUCGCCUUUUCCCUUGUGGCGUCGCCCUCGCUUGGCUCGCUGGUCCUGGUCUCGGCCGCCACCGGCGAGGUCUCGUACCUCCCGCCGGUCGACUUCUUUGGCUCGGUCACCUUUACCUACCAGGUCUCGGACGGUGCGCUCUUUGCGCUGGUCCCGGGCUCGGUCACCAUCGACGUCGUCCCGCCGGCCAACCACCAGCCGCGUGCCAACUCGACGACCUACGCGCUCGAGGAAGACUCGAGCCUCACUGUGACCCUGGUCGGUACCGACCAGGACUCGGGCGAUGUGCUGAGCUUUGAGCUUGCUCCCGGCGCCGGCGCCUCCAACGGCGCGUGCGCCGUCGACGCCGCCGCUCGCACCCUCACCUACACUCCGGCCGCAAACUACAACGGGGCUGACGCGUGUACAUACGUCGUCGUCGACGACUCGGGCGAGACCGUCGACAUGCCGGCUACCUCGGAGCCUGGCCUCCUCACCUUUAACGUCCUCCCGCCGCUCACGGUCGCCACCAACGAGGACUCUCCUGCCGCCGGCCUCUUUGUCGGCACCGACAUUGACUCGUCCUCGGCCUCGUUUGUGUACUCGGUGGUCACCCCGCCGGCUCACGGCAACGUGGUGGUCUCAGGCCCCGGCCCUGCGUUUACCUACACGCCGGCCGCAAACUACAACGGACUCGACUCGUUCACCUACAAGGUCAACGACGGCAUGCUCUGUUCCAACACUGCCGCUGUCGCCAUCUCGGUCGCGCCGGUUAACGACCCGCCGAUCGCUGUCUCGGGCACGCUCGCCGUCAACGAGAACUCGGCUGACAACACCACCCUCAUCGGAACCGACGUCGACUCGGCCCAGCUGUACUACACCAUCACGUCGGUGCCGACCAAGGGCACCAUCACCGCCUUUGAUCCGGCGACUGGCUUUGUCGAGUACACCACCAAGACCAACGUCUGCACCUUCCUCUGCUGGGACUCGUUCACCUUUACCGUCUAUGACGGCCAGGACACGUCCAACACCGCGACCGUCAACGUCACCAUCGUCCCGCCGUCCAACCGCCUGCCCUACGGCGAGCCGGCGGCAUACACACUUGCCGAGGACUCGUUCACCGUCCAGGCUCUCGCUGGCUCGGACCGCGACCCGCUCGACGUCCUCACCUUUGCCAUCAAGACCGACGGUCCUGCCGCCGGCCCCUUCCAUGGCUCUGUUGUGCUCGAGACGCCGACCUCGUUCCGCUACACUCCGGACGCAGACUACAACGGGCCAGACUCGUUCUACUACAUUGUGUCGGACGGUAAGGCCGAGUCGUCGCCGGUCGCCAUCUCGCUCACCGUCACUCCAGUCAACGACCCACCGGCCGGCGCCGACGCCACAUACAACCUGGCCGAGGACUCGCUCCUCGCAGGCGUCGCCCUCGUUGGCACAGACAUUGACGACGAGACCUCGGUCCUCCGCUACUUCCUUGACUCUUCUGCGUCCCCGUCGGGCACCGUCAGCCUGCCGUCGGCAACCUCGCCGGCCUUUUCGUUUGCCCCGGACAAGGACUUUAACGGCGUCGUCACCUUUACCUACCACGUCAAGGACGAUGACCUUGCCUCGUCGUCUAUCCACACCGUGACCCUCAAUGUGGGCCCGGUCAACGACCCGCCCGUCGCCUUCAACUCGGCGUUUACCGCCGACGAGAUUGUCGCUGGCGAGGCCGUGCCGGCCACGGCCUCGUCGUCGUUUGUCGCCACCGAUGUCGACGCCGGUGAGACCGCCACCCUGACCUACACCCUUGUCGCCGGCCCGCGCCACGGCGUGCUCGUCGGCAACUUUGCCUCCACCGGUGCCUUUGACUACGUGCCCGAGACCGACUACGCGGGCGAGGACUCGAUGGCCUUCUUUGCCACUGACGUCAACGGCGCCGUCUCGAACGUCGCCAACGUCUCCAUCACCGUCGUCCCGCCGCUCAACCACCGCCCGCGCGUUGCCGACGCCACCCUCGCCACCAUGGAAGACAUCGUGCUCACCUCGACCCUUGUCGGCACCGACAAGGACGUCGGUGACACGCUCACCUUCUCCAUCGUGGCCGAUGGCUCGCUUGGCUCGGCCACCUUUACCAACGCCUCCACCGGAGUCGUGGAGUACACCCCGAACCCGAACCUCUCCGGCUCGGACUCGUUCACUUACCGCGUCACCGACUCAAAGGCCAUGGUCAACUCGGCCUCGUUCAUCGCCACCGUCACCGUCAACAUCGCUCCGGUCAACGACGCUCCGGUCGCCACCUCGCAGCACUUCAACUUCGUCGAGGACGCCGUCCUCGUUGGCACCCUCAUUGCGUCAGACGUCGAGACGGCCUCCUCCGCGCUAACCUACACCGUUGUUGCGCCGCCAGCGCACGGAUCGAUCGUCGUCACCUCGCCGGGUGGCGGCUUUGAGUACCGGCCGAAUGAGCACUACAACGGCGCCGACGCAUUUGCCUUCCGUGCUUCGGACGGCUUGGCUUCGUCGAACGUCGCCAACGUGACCAUUACCGUGACGCCGAUCAACGACGCCCCGGUCGCCAUCUCGGACACCCUCUUUGUUGACGAGAACUCGGGCGUGACCUCCUUUGCCCUCGCCGGUUUGGAUGUCGAGGACGACUUGGCCAUGCUCACCUUUGCCGUCGGCGGCACCUCGCCGUCGCGCGCCUCGGUCUUUACCCUGCAUGCCAACGGCUCUGUCGCCUACGCGCCGGCCGUCGACGUCUGGGGCGCUGACUCGUUCACCUUUACCGUCACCGACUCGACCGGCGUGACAUCGGCCCCGGCCACUCUCGCCAUCACCAUCGUGCCGCCGGCGAACCACGUCCCGCGCUGUGUCGACCGCGAGCUCACCACGGCCGAGGACACCCUCGCUUCGAUCACCCUCACCGGCACCGACCAGGACGCCGCCGAUGCCGGCUCGCUCACCUUUGCCCUCGUCGAACCGCCGCGCCACGCUGUGACGUACGUCCUCGAUCCGGCCACUGGUGUCCUCGAAUACGCCCCGGCACCCAACUUUGUCGGCUCCGACUCGGCCCGCUACACCGUCACCGACGGGACCGACGUCUCGCGCCCGGCCGUCAUCGCUAUCACGGUGACGCCGGUCAACGACGCGCCGGUCGCCUACGACGACACCCUCACCACCGCCGAGGACUCGCCGCUUGCCGCCUCGCUCGUCGCCACUGACAUCGACACUCCUGCGGCCGACCUCUCGUACACUCUACUCUCGACGCCGUCGGCCACCCUCGGCUCGGUCGCCCUUGUCGGCUCCGGCCCGGGCAUCGUCUUUACGCCGGCCGCCGAUGCCUCGGGCUCGGACACGUUCACCUUCCGUGUCUCGGACGGCACGCUCGACUCGGGCGUCGCCACCGUCACGCUCGUCGUCGUGCCAGCCAACGACGCACCGACUUGCACCGACGGCGCCGCCAGUGUGGACGAGGACGCCGCCGCGACGAGCCUCACCCUCGCCUGCGCUGACGUCGACAUCGGCACCUCGGGCGACGUCCUCGAGUGGGUUCUUGCGCCCAACGCGUCGCCGUCGCUCGGCUCGCUCUCGAGCUUUAACCCGGCCACCGGUGCAGUGGACUACACCCCUCGCGCCGACGUCUGGGGCGUCGACUCGUUCAAGUUCUACGCCCGCGACGCCGACGGCGUCCAGUCCAACGUCGCCGUCUUUGUGGUCACCAUCAACCCGCCGGCCAACCAUCAGCCGCGCGGCGCCCCGGUCGUCUUUACCAUUGCCGAGGACGCCGCCGUCACUUCGUCGACCCUCGUUGCCACUGACCAGGAUGCUGCCGACAGCCUCUCGCUGCAGCUCGGUGCCACCGCUCCCUCGUUCGGCACUGUCUCGUUUGACGGCCUCACCGUGAGCUACGUGCCGAACAGCAACGCCAACGGCGUCGACACCUUUAGCUACGUUGUCAACGAUGGAACCGGCGCGUUGGUCGAACCGGCCCUCUCCGCCGACGCUCUCAUCACCGUCAACGUCGUUCCGGUCAACGAUCCGCCGACCGCGGUGCCGUCGGCAUUCACCGUCGCUGAGGACGCCCAGCACUUUGGCACAGUCUCGGGCGCCGAUAUCGACUCGUCGCUCGCCUCGCUCCGCUACUCGAUUGUUCUCGACUCUGAGAACGGCACCGUCCUGCUUGACGCCGACGGCUCGUUUGUCUACACCCCGCGGCCCGACUACAACGGCCCCGAUGCCUUUGUGUUCAAGGCCAACGACGGCGAUCUUGACUCGGAGCCGGUCGCGGUCUCGAUUACCGUCACCCCGACCAACGACGCGCCCAUUGCCGACGACAUCUCGGUCGCGGUCGACGAGAACGGUGGUGCUAUCACCAUCACGCUCUUUGCCACCGACAUCGACGCCGGUGACUCGCUCACGUACUCGCUCGCUGGAGCGGCACCGGCGCUCGGCGUCACCUCGGGCCUCGACACCGCCGCGGGUACCGUCACCUACACGCCGAACACCGAUGUGUGGGGCAUCGAUGCCUUUAACUACCGCGUCUCGGACGGUUCGACCUUCUCCAACACUGCAACCGUCACCGUCUCGAUCGUGCCGCCGUCCAACCACGCGCCGCGCUCCGCGCCCGCCGCCUUUGUCACCCGCGAGGACAGGACUCUCCGCAACGUCCGCCUUGUCGGUACCGAUCAGGACGCCGACGACGAGCUCACCUGGUCGCUCGUCUCGCGCCCGUCGGUGAGGGGCUCGCGCUACUCGCUCGACCCGGGCUCGGGCCGCUUCACCUACCGGCCGAAGCGCAACUACCACGGCGAUGACUACGUCACCUACCGCGUUUCGGACGGCGAGGCCUUCUCGGCCACCGCCCGCGUCAACAUCACCGUGCUCUCAGUCAACGAUCGCCCGCGCUGCUUCAACGCUCGCACCCGGACCUACGAGGACUCGCCCGGCCUUCGCUACUACCUCUGCGUCGCCGACGUCGAGACCCGCGGUGCUGACCUUGUCUACACCGUCGUCGUCCCGCCCGCCCACGGCAACGUCACCAUCGACGCCAACUACAUGUUCUACGUCCCCGACCCGGACUUUAACGGCAUCGACUCGUUCCGCUUUGAGGCUACCGACGAGGGCGGCCUCACUUGCGCCGCCCGCACCGUCACCAUCACUGUCGCGCCCGUCAACGACGCGCCCGUCGCCCACGAUGGCGCCGGCUCGGUCGCUGAGAACGCGCCGCAGCCUGUUGCCUUCCGCCUCUCAGCCUCUGACAUUGACUCGGACGUCGCAGACCUAACCUUUGCUCUUGACUCGGCCCCGACUCGUGGCACCGUCACCCGCUUUGACGCCACCGCCGGCAUUGUCUACUACAAGCCGAACACCGAUGUAUGGGGCGCCGACGCGCUGACCUUUACCGUCUCGGACGGCAAGGCCUCGUCCAACGUCGCCACCUUUGCCAUCACCAUCGUGCCGCCGGCCAACCAUGUCCCGCGCGCCUACCCCGACGAGUUCUCGCUCCUCGAGGAGGCCACCGGUGCCUUUGCGCUCACCGCCACCGACCAGGACGCCGCCGACACUCUCACCUUUGUCCUCGUCUCGGGUCCGGCCCACGGCUCUGCGUCCAUUGACGGCUCCUCGGGUGUCCUCACCUACACCGGUGAGACCGACUUUAACGGGCUCGACGCGCUCACCUUUGCCGUCGUCGACUCGGGCGUCCCGCAGGCCGAGUCGGCCACCGCCCGCGUCGUCCUCCGCGUCCUUCCGGUCAACGACCCGCCGGUCGCCGUCGACUCGGCCUUUGCCCUCUCCGAGGACACCCGGAUCACCGGCCCUCUUGGCUGCUCUGACGUCGACUCGACCUCGUUCUCCUUCCUCAAGGCCGCCGAGACACUCCACGGUGCCGUAGAGAUCACCGGCGCUUCGUUUGCCUACACGCCGUUUGUCAACUACCACGGCGACGACGUCUUUACCUUCCGGUGCAACGACGGCGAGCUCGACUCGAACAACGCGACCGUGACCCUUACCAUCACUAACGUCAACGACCCGCCGACCGCCGCCGACACCUCGGCCUCGGUCGCCGAAAACUCGCCGACUGGCGUCGUCGUCACCCUCCUCGGCGCCGACGUCGACGACGGCGACGUCCUCACCUAUCUCCUGCCCUCGCUCACUUCAGCCCGCGGUGGUAGCCUCGUCGACUUUGAUUCGGCCUCGGGCAACGUCACCUACAUUCCGCCCACCGACCUCUGGGGCGCCGACGUGUUCGAGUACUCGGUCACCGACGCCGCGGGCGCCUCGUCGCGCCCGGCCACCGUCACCGUCACUAUCGUCCCGCCGGUCAACCACAUUCCGCGGACGCAGCCCAAGACGGUCAAUCUUGCUGAGGACGAGCGGGUCACCGUCCAGCUCGUCGGCACCGACCAGGACGUCAACGACGUUCUCACCUACGCCAUCGUCUCGCCGCCGGUCGCUGCCUCGUUCUACGAGCUCGAUGCCGCUACCGGCAAGCUCACUUACCAGCCGACCAAGGACUUUAACGGUGUCGACGCCCUCGUCUUUGCCGUCUCGGACGGCACCGCCGACUCGGCCUCAUCCACCGUCACCCUCCUGGUCGCGCCGGUCAACGAUGCUCCUGUCGCCGCUGCACUCACCAUCUCCACCGAAGAGGAGCUGCCUGUCAGCGGCAUCCUCCUGGGAUCGGACAUCGACAACGUUCUCGCCAACCUCACUUUUGCCUACGCCUCGUCGGUCCCGGCGUCGGUCGGCUCGCUCUCGGCCCUCGUCGACGGCGCUCCGGCGUUUACCUUUGCGCCCGCCAAGGACUUUGUCGGCACGGCCUCAUUCGAGUUUGUCGUCUCGGACGGCUCGCUCGUCUCGGCCAAGGCCGUCGUCACCGUCAUCGUCGCGCCCAUCAACGACGCUCCGGUCGCGCUCGCCUCGUCGUUCUCGGUUCCCGAGGACGCCCCGGCCACCGGCGCCCAGCUCAUGGCCUCGGACGUCGACUCGCUCGACCUCACCUACACCAUCGUCACCUUCCCGGCCCACGGCACAGUCUCGCAGCUCGACGCAGCCUCGGGGGCAUUUGCCUACAAGCCCGAGGUCGACUACUUUGGCGCCGACGCGCUCACCUUCCGGGUCUCGGACGGCGAGCUCGACUCGGCCGUCGCCACCGUCACCAUCGACGUCGUCCCGCCGUGCAACCACGUGCCGCGUGGUGCGCCGGUCGCACUCACCACCAACGAGGACGUCGCCGUCUCGACUACCCUCGUCGGCACCGACCAGGACGCCGGUGACGUGCUUACCUGGGCUCUUGUGUCACCGCUGCCUGCCGGCGCGCGCGCUGACCUCGAUGCCGCCACCGGUCAGAUCACCCUCACCCCGCCGGCCGACUUUGUGGGCUCGUUCUCGCUCCAGUACACUGUCACCGACGAUGUCCAGGGCAACUGUGGGCCGCUCACCUCGCGCCCGCGGACCAUCACCGUCGCCGUCGCCCCGGUCAACGACCCGCCGCUCGCCACAGACCUGACCUUUGCCACUCGCGAGGACACGCCGCUCUCGCGUGCCCUCGCCGGCUCGGACGUCGAUGCCGGUGACUCGCUCACCUAUGCCAUCGUCACCCAGCCAACCUACGGCGGAGUCGUCCUCGCUGCGCCGGGCUCGGCCGGCUUUACCUACACCCCGGCCGCCAACUUCCACGGCAACGACAGGUUCACCUACAAGGUCACCGACGCGUCGGGCGCCACCUCGGAUACGGCCUCGGUCGCCAUUACGGUCUCGCCCGUCAACGACGCCCCGGUCUGCACCCCGGCCGCCUUUGCUCUCCCGGAGAACGCCAAGAACGUCCCGCUUGUCCUUCCAGCCUCCGACAUUGACGCCGAUCCGCUCACCUUUGCGCUCUGCUCCUUCCCGGAGCAUGGCAAGCUCAAGCUCGACUGCGCCAAGGGCUCCGGCUCCAAGGGCUCACGCUCGUCCAAGGACUCGUCCAAGGACCAGGCCCGCACCGCCUCGCAAUCGGCGUGCCCGGUGCCGAGUGCCUCGGCUUCCAAGGUCGCCAUUUGCCACGGCACCUCCUCGUCCAAGAACCCGUGGGUCCGCAUCAAGGUCUCGCGCAAGCGUGACGGCUCGCUCCAGAACGGCCACUCUGCCACUGGCCCCGUCUACCCAGACUACUGGCCGGGCACCAACGGCCUCGACUGCAACUGCGUCCGCACUACGCCGUCGACCGCCUCUGGCGCAAAGCCUGCCGCCUGUCGCGCGGAGCUCGUCCGCUACACCCCCGACCGCCGCUACUUUGGCCCGGACACCUUCUCCUUCCGCGCUCUUGACCCGGCCUCGGCGUCGUGCGGCUGCACCGCCGUCAACAUUACGGUUGUCGGCCCGCCGAACCACCUGCCCGAGGGCGCCGACGCUACCUACACCCUGCCUGAGGACACCUUUGCCUACACCCCUGCCGCCGACUACAACGGGCCCGACGCCUUCACCUACACCGUCUACGAUGGGACCAACUCAUCGGCUCCGGCGACCGUGUACAUCAACCUCACUCCGGUCAACGACGUGCCGCGCGCGUCCAACUCGAACGACUCGCUCUGCGAGGACGGCUCGGUCACUGGCGUCCUCCACUGGCUCGACGUCGAUGGCUGCGCGCCGUCGACCUCGGUCCGCUCCGACGGCCGCGAGGUUGUCAUCGUCGAUGCAGUUGCCCGCGACUUCCGCAAGUCCCACCCCGACAUGCAGGCCCGCAUCAAGUUCGAGACCGGCAUUGUUGAGGAGGAGCUCGGUGCGGAUGGCAAGCCUGUCUACGCCCACCCUGGCUCGUCCACCCGCACCACCUCGGGCAAGGCUGCCUUUGACCAGUGGUACAACGACGUGCCCGGUGUCAACACCCGCAUCUCCAUUCAGCUCGAGCUCGUUGCAGACGCCAGGGACCCUUCGGUCUACACCUACUGCACCUCUAAGUUCUUCCCGCUCGACGGUGCAGGCUUUGGCAACGAGGGCCGCAGGCACAACUACCACUUUACCGUGGAGAUGCACCUCUCGUUUGUCUACACCGGCGUCGGCUUCCAGGACUUCAGCUUCCGCGGCGACGACGACGUCUGGGUCUUCAUCAACAACCGCCUCGUCAUCGACCUCGGCGGCAUCCAUGGGCCCAAGUCGGCCAAGAUCGACUUGCCCACCGUCGCUGCAGAGACCGGCAUGGUCGUCGGCGGCACUUACCCCAUGGCCAUCUUCUUUGCCGAGCGCCACACUUCGGGCUCGAACAUCUGCAUCCGCCAGACCUUCAAGCUCUUCACCUGCGACCAGUCGGUCUCGCUCGUCGCGCCACCGGCCCAUGGCACCGUCACCCUUGCCGACACUACCUACACGUACACGCCGAACCCGCACUACACUGGUCCGGACGCCUUUUCGUUUGUCGCCAACGAUGGCUCGGGCGACUCGAACAUCGCUACCGUCUCACUCGACGUCUGCUCCAUCAACGACGCCCCUGUCGUCUACGACGCAGAGCUCGAGGUCGACGAGGACGCCGCCGACACCCCGGUCACCCUCCUCGUCACCGACGUCGAUGCCGCCACCGCUCCGGGUGGUGACUCGUACCUCUGCUCCGUCGUCACUGCCCCGGCCCACGGCACCUUUGUCUUUUCAGACCCGUCGUCGUGCUCCGGUACCUACAAGCCCGACGUCGACUACUUUGGCCCCGACUCGGUCGCCUUUGUCGCCACCGACGCCGCCGGCGCUGUCUCGAACAUUGGCACGCUCUUUGUCUCGGUCGUUCCGCCGCCGAACCACAUCCCACGCAACGCGCCUGCGUCGUUUGCCACAGACGAGGACUCCCCGGUCUCGGGCACCCUCGUCGGUACCGACCAGGACCUCCCCGCCGGCCAGGUUCUCGCCUUUACGGUGACGACUCCGCCGACGUUCGGCUCGGUCUCGCUCGACAGUCUCACUGGCGUCUUUACCUACACGCCGGCGAGCAACGCUAACGGGCCUGACGCUUUUGCCUACAUUGUCACCGACUCGUACUCGCCGCCGGCCUCCUCGCCGCCGGCGGUUGUCUCCAUCAAUGUCGCUCCCGUCAACGACCCGCCGACCUGCUCUCCGCUGGAUCUCGUUGUGGCCGAGGACUCCGUCCUCAACGUCGUCCUCGCCACUGCCGACAUCGACACUCUUCCGCACGGCCUCGCCCAUGCGCUCGUUUCGCUGCCGGCUGCCGGCAACGUCUCGCUCACUGGCGGUGCCAACGCGAGCUUCACUCCGGCCCACAACUUUAACGGCAUCGUCUCGUUUGCCUACACCGUCCACGACGGUGAGUACAACUGCGAGACCGCACUCGUCACCGUCACCGUCACCCCGGUCAACGACGAGCCGGUCGCGCUCGACGCUGCCUACUCGGUCGCCGAGUCGUCGCCGGCCGUCGUCCUUGACCUGCCGGCCACCGACAUUGACACCGGUGACUCGCUCACCUGGUCCAUCGAGUCGCCGCCGGACGCCCGCUUUGCCCGUGUCUUUGGCCUCGACGUCGACGCCGGCACCAUCUCGUUCGAGCCGGUCACCGACGUCUGGGGUCCCACUUCGUUCACCUUCCGUGUCGCAGACGACUCGGGUGCAACCUCGAACGUCGCCACCGUCUCAGUCGAGAUCAUCCCGCCGGUCAACCACAUUCCGCGGACCGCCCCGGCUAGCAUCGCCACGCCCGAGGACACCCCUGCCGUCAUUGCCCUCGUCGGUACAGACCAGGACGUCGAAGACGUUCUCCGCUACAUCGUCGUCUCGCCGCCGUCGCACGCCGCCUCAUACACCCUGCAUCCCGCCACCGGUGAGCUCUCGUACACCCCGGCUGCAGACUACCACGGCCUCGACGCCCUCACUUACAAGGUCAACGACGGCGCCGACGACUCGAUCGUCGCCACUGUCUCCAUCGUCGUCGCCCCGGUCAACGACGCUCCGCUCGCCGCCGACGCCUCCUUUGACCUUGUCGAGGACACCCUCCUCGACGGCGUCCUCUUUGGCGCAGACGUUGACUGCUGCCCGGCCGACAACCUGACCUUUGCCCUCACCGCCACCUCGCCCUCGGGCGUCGUCGCCCUCACCGCUCCGGGCUCGGCUUCGUUCACCUUUGCGCCUGCUCCCAACUUUGACGGCUCGACCUCGUUUGAGUACGUCGUCUCGGACGGCGCCCUCUUCUCCUCUCCAGGCGUCAUCACCAUCAACAUGCUCCCCGUCAACGAUCGGCCCGUCGCCUUUGCCGACGCCGUCGCUGUCUCGGAGAACUCAGUCGACAACGCCAUCGCCCUCGAUGGCGCUGACGUCGAGGGCACGGCUCUUGUCUUUGCCCUCGCCUCGGCCACGACCCACGGUUCCAUCACUCUCGAUCCGGUCUCUGGCGUCGCCUCGUACACGCCGGACGUUGACUACUUUACUGUGGCAGCCGAUCCGGCCCGUCCCGACGACGUCUUCACCUUUACCGUCUCGGACGGCGAGCUCGUCUCGCCGCCUGCAACCGUCACCAUCACCGUCGUCCCGCCGGCCAACCACGUCCCGCGCUCCGCCCCGGCCUCGGUCACCACCUUUGAGGACACCUCGGCGUCGCCGCUCGCCCUCGUUGGCACCGACCAGGACGACGCCGACGUCCUCACCUGGUCGAUCGUGUCCGGCCCGGCCGUCGCAGGGGCCUCGUUUGACCUCGACCCGGCCUCGGGCGCCUUUGUCUACUUCCCGGCCGCCGACUACUUUGGCUCGGACGCUCUCGAGUACGUCGUCACCGACUCGCGCGGUAACGUCUCGCUCUCUGCCGCCAUCUCGGUCACCGUAGUCCCGGUCAACGACCCGCCGGUCGGUGCCCCGGCCGCCUUCCUCGUCUCCGAAGACGUCGUCCUCGCCGGGGAGGCCCUCUUCGCUGCCGACAUCGACGACGCCACCUCGAACCUUGUCUUCAACGUCGAGCGCGACGGUGUCCUCGGCGACGUGGACCUCGACGCCGCCUCAGGCCUCUUCUCCUACUACCCGCUCCCGAAUGCCAACGGCGGCGACUACUUUACCUACAAGGUCACCGACCCGUCCGGCGCUACCUCGCCCGCCUACCGCGUCAACGUCACCGUCGUCCCGGUCAACGACGUCCCGGUCGCCGACCCGGCCGUCGUCUCGGUUGCCGAGAACGCCGCCGUCGCCGCAGCAAUCACCCUCACCGGCUCAGACGUCGACAUUGCCCGCGAGGGUGACGUCCUCACAUUCUCGCUCACCGUCGUCCCGACCCACGGCAACAUCACCCUCGACCCUGCCACCGGUGCCUUUACCUACCUGCCGCACGUCGACUACUUUGGUCCCGACACCGGGUACUUUGUCGUCACCGACGCCGCAGGCGCUGUCUCGGAGCCGGCCCGCAUCCGCAUCUUUGUCCGCCCGCCGCCGAACCACAUUCCGCGCGUCGGCGACUAUGCCUUUGCCCUCGACGAGGAUACCCCGCUCACCCCGGUCUACCUCCUCGGCACCGACCAGGACACCGACCAGUCGCUCACCUUUGAACUCGUCAACGUUCCGGAGCACGCCGCAAGCUACGCCCUCGACCCGGCCACCGGCCUCUUCUCCUACACUCCGGCGCUCAACUACAACGGGCCCGAUGCCGCUACCUACCGCGUUGUCGACUCGUUCUCGUCGUCGCCGGCUGCCUCGCGCGAGGGCUCCAUCGUCUUUACCAUCAACCCGGUCAACGACGCCCCGGUCGCGGCUCCGCUGGCCAUCACCCUUCCCGAGGACUCGUCGCUCGUUGGCGAGCUUGACUGCUCCGACGUUGACCUUCCGGCCCAGGGCCUGAGCUACGCCCUCGCCGCCGCGCCCGGUGGCGCCGCUACCCGUGGAGCUGUUGUGCUCUCCGGCACUGACCCGUCGUUCAACUACACCUCGCCGCCCAACUUCGUCGGCUCGGACCUGUUCUACUGGUCCUGCGCCGACGACGGCACUGGCUCGCUGACUUCGAACGUCGCCCUCGUCUCUGUCACCAUCACUCCGGUCAACGACGCUCCGGUCGCCGCCGACAUCUCGGUCUCGGUCGACGAGCGCUCGCUGGAGGAGCCCGGCUCCGGGCCCUUCACCAUUGCCCUCCUCUGCUCCGACAUCGAUUUGCCCGGCGACGUCCUCUCGUUUGCGCUCACCUCGGCCCCGACCCAUGGCACACUCUCUGCUCUGGACUCGGCCGCAGGCACCGUCGACUACCUCUCGGACAUCGACUACUUUGGCGCAGACUCGUUCACCUACACCUGCUUUGACGGCGCCGCCACCUCGAACACCGCCCGCGUCACCAUCGCCGUCACCCCGCCGGACAACCAUCCGCCGCGGUGCGCCGACGCUGCCUUUACCGUCGACGAGGACGGCUCGCUUGCUGUCAAGCUCGUCGCCACCGACCAGGACGCCGACGACGCCGACAAGCUCACCUACACGCUGGUCGGCGAGCCGGCGUUCGCCGCCUCGGCCUCCCUCGGCUACACGUCGGGCGUCUUUGCCUACGCUCCGGUCGCCGAUCACGACUCGACCUCCGAGUCGCUCGCCUACGUCGUCUCUGACGGCGACAAGUCCUCGCGCGCAUGCGCCGUCACCGUCGCCUUCCGCCCGGUCAACGACGCCCCGGUGGCCUCGCCGGCUGCGUACACCACGCUCGAGGACAUUCCGCUCGAGAUCACCCUCGUCUGUGCCGACAUCGACUCGGCCCAGUCGGAGCUCUCGUUCACUGUUGUCCAGGCACCGGCCUUUGGCUCGGUCACCCACGCCGCACCGGGCUCAGCAGCCCUAACCUACGCCCCGGCCGCCAACUACAACGGUUCGGACGCCUUUGCGUUCACCUGCUCUGACGGUAACCUGACCUCCAACGUCGCGGCUAUCUCGCUGAGCGUGACUCCGGUCAACGACGCCCCGGUCGCCGCAGACCUCGUCUUCUACGUCGACGAGAACUCGGCCGGCGAGCAGCAGUCGCUUCGUUUCACCAUCGAGUCGACCGCGCGCCUUGGCUCGCUCGCCAACUUUAACCGUGACGCCGGCUCGCUCACCUACACCCCGAACGUCGACGUGUGGACCGUCAACAACUCCCUCCCAGACUCGUUCACCUACUCUGUCGCCGACUCGGCCGGCGGUAUCUCCAACGUCGCCACCGUCACCGUCCACAUUGUCCCGCCGACCAACCACAUCCCGCGCUCGGCGCCGGCCACCCGGACCCUGUCUGAGGAUACUACCGUCACCAUUCCGCUCGUCGGAACCGACCAGGACGUCGCCGACCUGCCGGCGCUGGUCUUCUCAGUCGUUGACGCCCCGUCGCACUCGGAUGGCUCGUUCGCUGUCGACCCCGCCACAGGCGUCGCCACCUACACCCCGGCCCUCAACUACCACGGCGCCGACACCUUUACCUAUCGCGUCAGCGAUGGCAAGGACUUCUCGGCCUCGUCGGUUGUCGCGCUCACCAUCACGCCCGUCAACGACCCGCCGCUCGCCCUCCCGGCCACCUUUACCGGCCCCGAGGAUGCGCCCCUCCUGGGUUUCUUCACCGGCUCGGACAUCGAAGGCUCGCCGCUCUCGUUCUCGCUCGUCGGCUCGGGCCCGGCCCUUGGAUCGCUCGUCCGCGACGGUGCAGACUUUGUCUACCAGCCACCGGCAGACUUCUUUGGCAAUGUCACCUUUGACGUUCUCGCCUUUGACGGCGCUGCCUACUCGCUGGCCCCGGCUACCAUCACCCUCGUCAUCACCCCGGUCAACGACGCUCCGCUCGCCCUCAACACCACCCUCUCCGUUCCGGAGAACGCCGGGCCGACCACCGUCCAGCUUCCGGCGUCCGACGUCGACGUCCCGGUCCAGGCCCUUAUCGCCUCGCUCGAGUCGGCGCCGGCUCUCGGCAACCUGACCAACUUUGAUCCGCUGGCUCGCACCGUCGACUUUACCCGACCCGCGACCUCGGUCACCCUCGGUACUGUCACUAUCACCAUCGUCCCGCCGGCCAACCACGUUCCGAUCGCCUAUGACGCUGCCUUUACCAUUGCCGAAGACGGCGCUGUCCCGGCAGCCGCACGCCUCUCAGCCUCGGACCUUGACAUCGACCGCUCACGCGCGAACUUUGCCCAGGUCCUCGCCUUUGAGCUCUUCCGUCUCGACGCCGAUGGCGCCUUUGCCUACGCGCCCGAGGACAACUACAACUCGGUCGACUCGUUCGCCUUCCGCGUCUUUGACGGCGUCGACUACUCGAACAUCGCCACCGUCGUCAUCACCAUCACCCCGGUCAACGACGCCCCGGUCGCCGAGCCCGACGCAGUCGCCACUCCCGAGGACACCCCGCUCGUCGAGCAGUUUGUCGCUUCGGACGUUGAGGACGACCCGCUCACCUAUGUCGUUGUCUCGCCGCCGGCCCACGGCUCUGUCCUCGACACUGCAGGCGCCGUCUCGGCCCCUGCCACCAUCGACAUCACCGUCUCGCCGGUCAACGACCCGCCGCUCGCCCACGACGUUGCCUUCUCCAUUCCCGAGGACGCCGACUUUGACAAUGUCCAGCUCCUCGGCUCGGACGUCGACGCUGGCGCCGUCCUCACCUACUUUGUGCUCACCACGCCCAACCACGGCUCCCUCGGUGAGCUCAAUCGCGACACCGGUGUCGUCGGCUACAAGCCGGCCCGCGAGUACUUUGGAUCGGACUCGUUCACCUUCCGUGUCUCGGACGGCGAGGCCUUCUCCGAGCCCGCCACCGUCACCAUUACUUCGGCUCCGGCCAACGCUACCACCCUCGAGGACACCCCGGUCACCCUCCAGCUCUUUGGCUACGACGUCGACGUCGGCCGCGUCGACCACGACGACGUUCUCACUUGGCACGUCGUGACGCAGCCGGCCCACGCCGCGAACCUCGCCCUUGACCCGGACACCGGCGUUCUCACCUACACCCCGGUCCUCAACUACAACGGGCCCGACUUCCUCGACUACGUCGUCAACGACAACUUUGACCGCCUCGACAACGGCCAGGCCGCCACCGGUGCCCUCUCGCCCGUCGCUCGCGUCUACUUUGACGUUUCUCCCGUCAACGACGCCCCGGUCGCUCGUCCCUCGACGGAAACCAUUCCCGAGGACUCGGUACUCUCCGCCGCCUUUGACGUCGCUGACGUCGAGUCAGGCCGUGCCGGUCUCGCCAUCACCGUCACCAGCUCGCCCUCUGCUGGCGGCCUCGUCUCGGUCGAAGGUACCGGCUACACCUACACUCCGGCUCGCGACUUUAACGGCGCAGAGACAUUCUCAUUCACCGCCACCGACCCGGAGGGUGCCGUCUCCAACGUGGCCACCGUCACCGUCACCGUCACCCCGGUCAACGACGCACCAGUCCCAGUCGACGACGCCUACUCGGUUGCAGAGUACAACCUCGAGGACGUGCUCAACUCGGCUCCGGCGCCGCGCCUCCGCAUCGUCCUCAACUCGACCGAUGUCGACGGCCCGCUCCCGGUCUACGCCCUUGCCUCGUCCGUCGCGCACGGCACCCUCUCCGAGUUUGUGCCGUCGACCGGCGCACUGACCCAGUCGGUCAUCGUCGGCACCAUUGACAUCACCGUCGUCCCGCCGGCCAACCACCGCCCGCGCGCCGCGCCGCGCUCGCUCGUCACCGCAGAGGACACUCCCAUCGCCGGUGAGUUCCUCUUUGCCGCCGACCAGGACGCCGCCGACUCGCUCUCCUUUGUCGUCGUCUCCCAGGCUGCUCACGGCAUCGCCGCAAUCGAUGGCUCCACCGGCGAGCUGACCUACACUCCGAACCCGCACUUCCACGGCGAUGACGUCGUCGUCUACGCCGUCUCGGACGGUGCCCUCACCUCGCGCCUGGCCACCAUCGCCAUCGCAGUCACGCCCGUCAACGACGCCCCGACCUGCGCUGCCGCCGCCAACGCCACCGCUGAAGACACACCGCUCAAUGACGUGCUUGUCACCAGCGACGUCGACGGUGACUGCGCUGUCGGCUCGGCCGCGCCGGUUCCGGACACCACCAUCACCGUCACCGCCAUCGUCCGUGACUUUACCGACUCGCAUCCCGACUUUGAGGCUGCCAUCGGCACCGACCGCGGCAUCGUCCAGUCGACCCUCGGCCCCGACCGCAAGCCAGUCUACCAGAACCUGCUGCCGACAACCCCGACUACCACCUCGGCUGCCUCGUUUGCUCAGUGGUUCAACGAUGUCGAUGGCGUCAACGUCGCCAUCCCGGUCGACAUCCCGCUCUCCAACGCAGGUGCCGCAGACCCGGCCGUCUUCUCCUACUGCUCGCCGGCCUUCUUCCCCAUCGACGGCGCAGGCUUUGGCAACGAGGGCCGCGCACACAACUUCCACUACACCCUCGAGCUCCACCUCGAGUUUACCUACGUCGACUCGCUCGCCACCGUCUUCACCUUUAACGGUGACGACGACCUGUGGGUCUUUGUCAACGGUGAGCUCGUCGUCGACCUCGGCGGCGUCCAUGGCGCCCAGACCGGCUCGUUCGAUCUUGCCACCGUCGCCGCCGACCUCGGCAUGGCUCCGGGCGGCACCUACCCGAUCGACAUCUUCUUUGCCGAGCGCCACACCACCCAGUCGCGCUUCUGUAUCGAGCGCAUGUUUGCCGCCGCCCCGUGCGUCCGCGCCCUCACUCUCGUCGACCCGCCGUCGCACGGCGCCGUCCAGAUCGUCGGCUCGUCGUACACCUACGUGCCCGACCCCGACUACAACGGCCCCGACUUCUUCACCUACACCGCGACAGACGGCUCGCUCUCCUGCAACAGGACCCGUGUCGACAUCGAGGUGACCCCGGUCAACGACGCCCCGGUCGCCGCGCCCUGCGCCUUUGCCGUCCUCGAGAACUCGGUCAACAACCCAGUCUCGGUCUCGGGCACCGACAUCGACGGCGACUCUCUCGCCUUUAGUGUCACCCUCGACACCGCCCACGGCUCGCUCGCCAUCGACGCCUCGGGCGCCGGCGUCUACACCCCGCACGUCGACUACUUUGGUGACGACGCCUUUACCUUUGUCGCCUCGGACGGCGCCCUCAACUCGGCCCCGGUCACCUGCGCCAUCACCGUCGUUGCCCCUGACAACCACAUCCCGCGCACCGCGCCCGAGGCCCUCACCAUGGCCGAGGACACCGUCCUCACCGCACAGCUCGUCGGCACCGACCAGGACAUCGACCCUGGUCGCGUCGGCUACGCUCAGGUCCUCUCGUUCUCGCUUGUCGAGAGCCCGGCCUUUGGCGCCGCCAUCCUCGAUCCGGCCACCGGCAUUCUCACCUACACCCCGGCCCUCAACUACAACGGGCCCGACGCCCUUGUGUACAUUGUCAACGACGGCCUCGACAACUCACUCCCGUCGCUCGUCAACAUUACCGUCUCUCCGGUCAACGAUGUCCCGCUCGCCCUGCCCGAGACCCACACCCUUCUCGAGGACUCGGCCCUGAUCCUCGCUGACCUCCUCGGCACCGACGUCGAGUCGGACCCGCUGGCCCUCGCCUACACCCUGGUGAGCCAGCCGGCCUCCGCGACUACACCCGUCGUUGUCUCGAGCGUCAACAAGUUUACCUACUCGCCGCUCGCCAACUUUAACGGCGUCGACUCGAUGACCUUUACCGCCGUCGUCGCCUUUGUCGUCCUCGCCGUCAACGACGCGCCUGUGGCCCACCCGGGUGCCUUUGCCACCGACGAGGUCUCUGCCGAAGCGCCCAACGUGCCGCCGACGCCGUUCACCCUUGUCGGCACCGACAUCGACUCGCCGGCCCUCACCUACCGCAUCGUCACGCCGCCGGCCAUGGGCGUCAUCGUCUCACUUGACGCCGCCACCGGCGAGGGCCUGUUCAUGCCCAACGUUGACGUGUGGGGCAACGACACCUUUACCUUUGAGGUCUCGGACGGCGAGCUCGUCUCGGUCCCGGCAACCAUCACCGUCUCGAUCAUUCCGCCGGACAACCACAUCCCGCGCGUCAAGCCGUUUGCCUUUGCCACGCCCGAGGACACCGCCUUUGGCACCGUUCUUAACGGCACAGACCUCGACGCCGACGCGCUUGAGUUCUUUGUCGUCUCUGGUCCGGCACACGGCACCGUCUUUGUCGACGCCGCCACCGGCGGCCUCGCCUACACCCCGGCCGCAAACUACAACGGGCCGGACGCUCUGCAGUACCGCGCCUACGACGGCAAGGACUUUUCGCUCUCCAAGGACGUGGCCAUCACCGUGAUUCCGGUCAACGACGCGCCGACCGCGCUCUCGUUUGCCCUCACCACGGCCGAAGACACCCCGAUCGACGCCCUCCUCCGCGGCGCCGACAUCGAGGGCUCGCCGCUGACCUUUACCCACUCGCCGGCGGGCGCCGCUCCGGGCUCGGCCUUUGCCGCCUCGGGCGACGUUGUCACCUACACGCCGCCGGCCAACUUUAACGGCGUCACCUCGUUCACCUACACCGCCAACGACGGCGAGCUGACCUCGGCCCCGGCCACCGUCACCGUCACCGUCACGCCCGUCAACGACGCGCCGGUCGCCAACGACGUCGCCGCCGCCGCCACCGAGCACAACGCGCUCGGUGCCGCCCCGGCGCCUGUGCCUAUCGUCCUCGACGCUUCCGACAUUGACGGCGACGCGCUGACCUACGAGCUCAACACGCCGCUGGUCGUCGUCUCAUCGCCGGCCCCGGCUCCGAUCGCCACCUCGCCGGGCACGCUCUCGGCCUUCAACCCGGCUACAGGAACCGUCAGCUACGCGCCGGCCGUCGACUUCUGGGGCGUCGUCUCGUUCACCUACGUCGUCACCGACGGCGCGGCCUACUCGAACGUUGCCACCGUGACCAUCACCGUCGCCCCGGUUCCGCAUCCGCCGCGCGGCGCAGACGCCGCCUUUACCAUGGAUGAGGACUCGACCCUUAUCCGCGUCCUUGUCGGCACCGACCAGGACGCCGGCUCGACCCUCACCUUUGCCAUCGAGUCCCCUCCGUCCAACGCUGCUGCUUUCUCACUUGACGCGGCCACCGGCACGCUCUCGUACACGCCAGCCGCAAACUACAACGGCGCCGACUCGCUGACGUACUCGGUCUCUGACGCCACCCUCACCUCGGCCCACCACACCGUGUCCAUCACCAUCACCCCGGUCAACGACGCGCCCGUCGCUGUCUCCGCAGUCGAGAUCACCCCCGAGGACACCCUGCUCUCGGCGUCGUCGCUCUGCAGCGACGUCGACAACACCGCGGCCGAGCUGACCUUUACAGUCAUCUCGCCUGCUGCCCAUGGCACCGUCUCGACCUACACCGGCGCCUCCUACACCUACUCGCCGGCGACCAACUACAACGGAACCGACGCGUUCACCUUUGUGUGCUCGGACGGCAGCCUCGACUCGAACGUCGCCACCACGGCCAUCACCGUGAGCCCGGUCAACGACGUCCCGGUCGCCCUCCCGUGCACCUUUACCAUCGACGAGAACGACCCGCCGACCGUCUUUGCCCUCUCGGCAACCGACGUAGAGGACGCGUUCCUCACCUACUCGCUCGGCGCCGUCGCGAGCCCGUCCAAGGGCUCGGUCGCGGUCGCGGACCCGCUGGCCGGCACCGUCAUGUACGCUGUCAACAGCUGGGUGUGGGGCAACGACACGUUCUCGUUUGUGGCUACCGACUCGUUCGGCGCCGUCUCCAACGAGGUCGUCUGUACCGUCAUCAUCGUCCCGCCGGCGAACCACAUCCCGUGGUCGCGCAACGACACCUUUACCGUUGCCGAGGACACCUCGGCCGACUUCUCGCUCUACGGCUUUGACCUCGAUGUCGACGACGUGCUCACCUGGUCGCUUGUCGAUGUCAACGGCGAGCUGUACACCUCCACGAGUCCGUUUGCAGGCCCGGUCCUCGGCCUCGAGGGCGAGGACUCCGAGGGCGCGCCGCUCGACGGCGCCGAGUCGGAGGCCGGCGCCGCCGAGCGCGCGCUGGGCGACUUUACCCUCGACCCGGACACAGGCAUCCUCACCUUCCAGGCCCCGGAUCACUUCCACGGCACCGUCCACCUGUUCUACCUCGUCGACGACGGGCUCGCCUCGUCGGUCGUCUCGCGUAUCACCAUCGUGGUCACGUCAGUCCUCGACUCGCCGGUCGCCCACGCCGCCUUUAUCACCACUCCCGAGGAUACCCCGGUCUCGUCGGUUGUCUCGGGCUUUGACCCGGACACCCUGCUGGACGGCGACGUGCUAACCUUUACCCUCUCGACAGGCGUUACCGUUUCGGGCGCCUCGCUCACCUUUGACGGCGUCUCGGGUGCGUACACGUACACGCCAGCGCCCGACUACGUCGGCGGCGACUCGUUUGCCUUUUACGUCGACGACGGCACGGUGACCCCGCCGUCGUCGCCGCGGACGGUCUCCAUUACCGUGACGCCGGUCAACGACCCGCCGGUGGUGGCCUCGGCCAACUUUACCACCGCCGAGGACGCCGCCUUUGGCGCCACCUACACGGUCACCGACAUCGACUCACCGCUGGGCGCGCUCUCGUGCGCGGUCAACACCCUUGUGCCCUCGCUCGGCAGCGUCGUCUCGACAGGCACCUCGUUCACCUACACGCCGUUUGCCAACGUUGUCGGCGACGACGUCUUCCGCUUUGUCUGCACCGACGGCGCCCUGACCUCGAACACCGGCACCAUCCGCAUCGAGAUCACGCCCGUCAACGACCCGCCCACCGCCCUCCCGUCGGCCUUUGCCGUCAACGAGAACGACGGUCCGGUGCCGUUUACGCUCCUCGGUGCCGACAUUGACGUCACCAACCCGCAGGCCCUCGCCGACGAGCUCCGCUUCGAGCUCACCUCGCUGCCGACCUCGGGUGUCCUCACCCUCCACACCGGCGAGGCUGCCCUCACCGGCGUCCAGUACUCCACGGGCGCCUUCCGCUACCAGCCAAAUGUCGACGUGUGGGGCGCCGACUCGUUUGACUUCCGCGUCUAUGACUCGGAGGACGCUGUCUCGCUCUCGUCGGCCCAGGUCAACGUCACCAUUGUGCCGCCGGACAACCACAUCCCGCGCGCCGCCGAUGCCGCCGUCUCGGUCGCCGAGUCGGCCACAGUCCUCAUCCCGCUUGUCGGAACCGACCAGGAUGUCGCCGACAUCCUCACCUUUGCUGUCGUCUCCACGCCGGCGCUCACCGUCGACUACGCGCUCAACGCCACCACUGGCGUCUUCCGCUACACGGCCUCGAGCACAAACGGCGUCGACACCUUUACAUACGUGGUGAGCGACGGUACCGCGGUCUCGGCCGAGGCCACCGUCACCGUCACCAUCACCUCGGCCAACGAUCCGCCGUCCGUCGCCGACAUCGCCGUCUCGGUCGCCGAGGAGGCCACCGUCUCGUCUGUCCUCUCGUACUCGGACCCGGACACCGGCGACGUCGUCACGCUGCGACUCAACUCCAACCCGGCCUAUGCCGCCGCCUUCUCGUUCGACCCGGCCACCAACGUGUUUGAGUACACGCCGGUCGCCGACUUUAACGGCGUUGACUCGUUCACCUACAUCGCCAAUGACGGCACCGUCGACUCGAACGUCGGAACCGUGACCAUCUCGGUGACUCCGGUCAACGACGUGCCCAUCGCCUUCUCGGCCUCGUACGAGACCCCGUUCUCCACCGCCAUCGCCUUUAACCUUAACGGUACCGACGUCGAAACCGACUGGGCCAACCUGGUCUUUGCCGUCACCUCCCUCCCCUCGCGCCGCGAGGGCACCCUCACCGGCGGCGCCAUCGACAACUUCCUCGGCGUGCCGGGCAUCACCGACCUUCACUUUCAGCCGUCGUCGCGGUUCUCGGGCGAGCUCACCCAGCCCAUCGAGUUCACCGUGACCGACGAGGCUGGCGCUGUCUCUUCCGUCGGCGUCAUCCAGAUCAACGUCGCCGCCCCCGACCGCACAGUCAUUGGCGGCCUCACCACCGGCUGGUGCCAUCCGGCCAAGCUCAACAUGCUCUUCACCGAGGACGAGCUGGACGAGGGCACCUUUAUCGAGAAGUCCGUCCUCUUCAAGAACAAGUACGAGCGCGUCAUCAACCCCAUGCAUCGCUUCGAAGGAGGCGAGGCUGCGGGCAUGGACGACGACGCCGCAGGCAUGGGUGGCUCGUAA